GAUUGCAGGGAGGUUAAAACAUUUAAGAACUCUUAUUAAAAGUAGGUUUUGAAAACUUUAAGACUACACUUAUGCUUGUCUCCAACUAGCUCUUACCUUGCUUUAGUCCGUUUAUACUAUUUUAUAUCUGCCACGUUAAUUAGCUUAGUUUCUGAUUUCCUCCAAGUCUCGGUGGCAAAUCUCUAGUGCCUCUUUCUUUCCCAGAGUUCCUUUCUCUGCCCAGAAGCCCCACCUUACUAUUUUCCCAUUUGCUAUAGAUCAUAGGCUUCUUAGUUUAACCAAUCAGACGGUGCCUUAGGCAGGCAAGGAAGAGCAGAGACACAUCUUCACACAAUGUACAACACAAGGGAGAGAGGGAAGAGGAGAGAGAAAGAUGACUUUUAAUACGUAGACACAUUUUACAUCUACUAAUUCAUGAGGCUAUUUCAUUUGUACACUAAGUCUUAUUACUAAAGUCUAUGGGAACUAUUUACGCAUAGCUUAGAAAGACAGCCUUUCACAAUUGCAUUUCGAUCUUCCUAUGUGGGGUGGAAUAUGUGUAUUCUUCAUAAUCACUUCUUACAUCCUGUUGUUAAAGUACAUUGAUGAAAAUAUCUUUUGUACUGCUGGGGAGUGACCCCAGGUGAAUAUGGAUGGAAGGUGUGUAGCUAUGAGUCAUAUUCCCUCCCUAAGAGGAGCCUCCUAAUAACGUGCUGCUUUAUUUAAAAGCUGCAACCAUGGGGAGGGAGCUCGGCUUACAUCCUUUAGUCUGAGAAGCUUUGGGGAGUGCUUUUUGUUUUGGUUUAUGUUCUCAUUUUAAAGACACAGGACAGUUGUGAUGAUAGAUUUAUUUUUUCAUUACCCGAGUGCUGUUGUACCCCAGAUGCCAUCUGAGGCUUUAAAGAUAUACUGAGGAAACCUUUGAAUGACAUACUUAGCUUACAAGUUUGUUUUUCUCUCUGUUGCUGUGAUUUCAUGAUCUGAAUAUUUUGAUUGUGCUAACGAUUAAACCCCAAGAGCCUUGUGAAUGCUAGGCUAGUAGUGCAGCACCUGAGGUAUAUUCCCAGUUGUUCUUAAUUGUUAGUAACACCCAAGCACACAUUCCAGCCACAGGACUGCUCUUUAUGUUACAUAUAAUAAAAUUUUUUUUCUCUUCCAUGAAAUAUCUUAGUCAGUAAAGGCCGUGGUCAAAAUUGAAGCCAAAUUUUACAAAGGUGAAAUUAAGCACAUGAAUUUAUUUGAUGUAACUCACCUUGAAUAAUGUGGGAUGCUUUCGAAUCUGAAUUUAAGCUAUGCUUAUUUAUGUAUCAGUCUUUUAAGGUUGUUUCUUUCCCUCUGUAACCACAACUUUAUUUAAAAAACGACCCCCACGUAGGAAAGCAUUUCAAAAGAGAACCUUACCAAGUCAAACCUAACUCAUUGGUGGAUGGGCUAAACUUACCAAAUUUAUGGUAAUGCUGUUUUUGAAGAAACACAAAUUCAGAAAGCCGUGAAGGUCGUAGCUGUGUUGCUCUCUAUGAACCGAGCACAUGUCUGCCUAACCGACCCUGUAGGCUGGCACAGCAAUGUUGAUCAACCUCUUUGUUCCAAAGGCCGAGGGACUGGAGCAGGGUAGUGUCUACCCUCCUGUACCCGCAGGAAGCGUUAAGAUGCUGCUCCUGUGUCAGCCACCCCCAUCUCCCCCACUGCUUUUGGAAGGAAAUGAAGGGUACAUGAAUGUUAAUUGUAAAACCAACACAGAUAGUGUGGUGCAGCAUAUGCUAACAAUACAGAGGCUUAAUGACAGGGGCACAAUUAGAAGCAAGAGCGACGCCAGGACCCGAUGAAGCCACGCUUGCAGUCAGUGGCUGCCUCUUCCCAUUUCCCUCUGUUUCCUGGAUAGUAACACCAAGGGAAUCUAGUCAUGCGCUAAUUUGUAAAGUUUGGUAACUAGAAUUAACUUGAAAACAUAUUGAAACAGUAAGGAGUGGCUUUUAUUAUUAUAACAGAGGGGAUCAAUUAAUUUCAAAAUAAACACACUAUGCUGGCCAUACUUUAUUACUUAGAGCUUCCUGUACAAUGAUUAAUUUGAGAAACAACUUACUAGGCAAUGCUUCUUCAUUAGAGUAUUAGAUGUUUUUAUUUAAUUGACAAAAAUAUGAAUGAUGUAAUUUUGUUAAUUCUGUUAGCUCUGUAUUCCAGAACUUCCCUCACUUAGUCUUUGGUGAGAAGAAAAUAAACUUCUUUCUGAAGUUGAGGGUCUUGGUUUCUCAGAGUUAACAAUGGCCCUAUUAUGCUGCUUCCAACUGAGAAAGGCUAGGAAGAGCUUCACAGCUGGCUGGCCACCUGACAUGCCCAAGGCAGGUGCUGUGCCCUCUCAUGGAGCCCUGGUUCUUCCUGGGGAGAAGAGCACCUUCCAUUCCCCUCAGAGCUUAAUUUAUUCCCGGUUCUGAUGAGAAUAAGCUUGGUGAUUUGGGAUUAGUGGCGUUCCCCACGCACAACCUCAGGACAUGAUUAUCCACACCAGGGUCAGGCAGGCUCUUCCCAUUUGACCUUGUAAGUUUUUACCCUGGGCACUUAACAAGAGUGAUAGGGUUGGCUAGAAUGUCAUAGUCCCUUGAAUUUAUGUAUACUUAUGCCUUCUUUUGCAUUUACCUGAGACUGGCCUCAUAAAAUCCAUUAACUCAGUAAGUUGUUGAAGAUAUUAAUAUAUAAGUUGGGGAAAUCUCAGUCCUAGAAUAUUUUCUUUCAGAACCCAUGUGCUCUUUGAAUUUACACUAUAUGCAGAAUACAUAUGCAACACAUAAAUAAAACAGAAAACAAUAGCUUGCUCCUAAGGCAGGAAAGAUUUGGAGACAGGGAGGAAGCAAGAAGCAAGUGGAAGGAAACGAAUGAAUGAAUACAACCCAAAGAAUUCUUUAAAUUCAAAUAAUUCAUCACAGAGAGGGCGAUUAGGAAGCUCAUCCCAUGAUCAGCAAACUAUCCCAGUUAUAGAGUGUUUGACUGUGGUGGAAGCCUGCUGGCUGGACUGGUUCUGCCAGGCCUCAGCUGGCCUGGCUUCUACUGAGUGGGUGGUGGGUAUAUAUGUGUUGAGUGGGCUCAGUCUUCUCUGUAGGGGAAGAAAGACUACACUCCCAGCCUGACCAUCAGAAAGCAGCUGAUAUCCUUCAGUCCGUCACAGUCUUCAGACAUGUGGGCUUGUGAUCAAGAGGAAAGAAACAGUCUGUAAUUAAGACUUUUGAAACUUGGCUGUAUUUUCUGCCUUAAUUGUAGAAAUAAGUAGAAAAGAUUGAAUGAAUUCAUCUAAAUUUUAUCAUUAAGAAGAGGUAAUGGGAGGAAGUAGAAGAAAGAAGGAAAAGGAAAAAAAAAAAAACCCCACAGGGGAGAAAAGAGAGGUUAUGCAUAUAUCAGAGAAGUAAGACAAGAAACAAACGAAAACAAUGCCUAAACAUUUUAGAGUCAUUGGUUCAACUUAGGGGUCAUGCUAGAUGUUUAAAGAAUUUAAUUAGACAGUAAAUAACCUAUGCAGCCCAGGCUUGGUGGACUACACAACAGUGUGGCAUUUUACUUGUCCAUAUAGAUAAAAUGCAGUAAGAGACAAGUGCAGAGGGUGUUCUACAGAGGAAGAUAUGAGGAGUGUCUUUGGAAGAAGAGAAUAACAAGGGUGUUCAAAUAAGGACAACAUAAUUUAAAGACAGAUCUGAAUGAUGUUUACAUUUUAGAAAGUGCAAGAUGUUGGGUGUGUUUGGCUCACAGCUUAAAUUUGGAGUUUGGAGUCAGUGAGAGCUCUAGAGAUAGAAGUAGGGACCAGAGCAAGGGACCUCAGCUAGGAUGUAAAGCAAUUAUACAAAGGUAAAGCCUAUGGUUUCUAAUAGAGUCAUUAAAAAAAAACCACCACCUACAAGGCAUUGAGGGAGAGAUGAGAACCAGGACAUCUGGCUAUAGGAGGUUGCAGUGUUUGUUAUAGAGAAAAUAAUGGCAUCUUGAAUGUCAGUAAUAAACAUGGGAGUGAAAAGAACAACAUGAAUUCUAGGACCAUUCGGGUGUUUCUCAGUAUUCGUGAUGUGAGACCUGGAGACUUGAGAUUCUAGAACUUCUUCUGAUUUUUGGCUUAAUCACCCGAGAAAAUGGAACUUGGUAGAAAAUUGGAGAUUAUCAUUUUUUUGAUAAGAAUGAGCUCAACUUUGGACAUGUUCAACUUUAAGUGCAUGAAGAUGGGUGAGGCUGCGAUACUCAGUGACAGAAGUUGGAAUUAGAGAUCUGGAUUUGGAAGCUUCAGGACUUCAGAUAUCCACGCAGUCCAUGUGCAUGCCUGGGGUUUUAAGAGGAAAGACUAUAGUAUGAUUCAGAGGAAGGUAGAUGCAGAUAGUCUGUAGACCUUGGAAAUGCCAUGGGCACAAUGUCCCAUCUUCUUCAGGUCGCCUGUUUGUCAAGUGUUGUGUGGUACACACUGAUGCAAAUUUCUCUCACCUGUAGCUGUUUUCAUUACUUAUGGUGCCCAGCAUCCUGCAGAGGAUCUGAUAACUAUGUGAUAUAGCAGUUUCCAAGCUGUUCUCUGUAACAUCUAUUCUGUAAGAUGUUGAUGAGCAUAAAUUAAGUUCCUUUAUUGAAAACAGACAAGUGAAACCUUUUUGUUCAAAAAAUUAUGUGACUUCUUACAAACUUUUAAUAAGGCAUAUGGGAAUUUCUAAGGACAUUCAUAUUAGCCAGCUUUUAAAUUUUUCUUCCAGAUUACAUUGAUCCUGUAAUCUAAUUGAGGUUAUAUGGCAUUCCUCAGGUAGAGGCAUAUGUGGGGCUUAGAAUUCCUCACACAGUGUCAGAGAAGCAGAAGCCCUGCUAAUGAAGGGAGUCACCCUUAUUGUGCCAAGCACAGAGGCUAUCUAGUUAUGGCAGAUUUUGACUUUUAAUUAGCAGAGUUUUCCCAAAAUUUAUUUCUAUUUCAAACUGAGCCUUUCCAGUAUGUUUAAUUUUCUAAAACACUUAUAGUCCCUCACAAAGCAGCCUUACGUACCUGACAGAAAGCUCUCCAAGUAUUCAAGCACCUCUGUGGACUGGAAAGGGCUCAUUCCUGCUUCACUCAGGCAUUAUCAAACAGUGCCUAUUAGCUUAGUGUAAAUGUAACUCUUAUUGACCAGUUGUAAAUGUUGUCUCAGGCUUGCUGCUGAAUAAACAUACCCUUUCUAGCUUAUAUCUCAACUCUGACUAGCUGGUUCAAUUCAGUUGUUCUGGCCCAAACUCCCCUCCUACCUGACCGAUUCAGUCUGACUCUUCUCAGCUUCUCACUGAAUUGCUCUGCUUGACCUCAAACUAACCCUGACAAUCUGUUCUAAUCUUCUGGCUAUAUAUAUAUAUAUAUAUAUAUAUAUAUAUAAUUACAUAUUUUCCUCAAUUACAUUUCCAAUGCUAUCCCAAAAGUCCCCCCCCCCCUUCCACUUCCCUACCCACCCAUUCCCAUUUUUUUGGCCCUGGCAUUCCCCUGUACUGGGGCAUAUAAAGUUUGCAAGUCCAAUGGGCCUCUCUUUCCAGUGAUGGCCGACUAGGCCAUCUUUUGAUACAUAUGCAGCUAGAGUCAAGAGCUCCGGGGUACUGGUUAGUUCAUAAUGUUGCACCUACAGGGUUGCAGGUCUCUUUAGCUCCUUGGAUACUUUCUCUAGCUCCUCCAUUGGGGGCCCUGUGAUCCAUCCAAUAGCUGACUGUGAGCAUCCACUUAUGUGUUUGCUAGGCCCCUGCCUAGUCUCACAAGAGACAGCUAUAUCAGGGUCCUUGCAGCAAACGCUUCCUAGUGUAUGCAAUGGUGUCAUCGUUUGGAGGCUAAUUAUGGGAUGGAUCCCUGGAUAUGGCAGUCUCUAGAUGGUCCAUCCUUUUGGCUCAGCUCCAAACUUUGUCUCUGUAACUCCUUCCAUGGGUGAUUAUUUCCAAUUCUAAGAAGGGGCCAAGUGUCCACACUUUGGUCUCCAUUCUUCUUCAGUUUCAUGUGUUUUGCAAAUUGUAUUUUAUAUCUCGCUAUACUAAGUUUCUGGGCUGGAGAGAUGGCUCAGCCGUUAAAGGCUAGGCUCACAACCAAAAUCUUCUGGCUUCUUAUUCUCUGGCUUUAACUACCUCUGCUGACCUACACUGUAUGAACUGUGCAAACUGAACAGAACUUACAAAUGAACUCAACUGGACUGUAGGAGCUGCACUGACUGCACUGACCGACUUUCGCCCUGUGCCGUUCUUAAGCAGCUUCUCUUUCCUGUGCUGUUGUCUUGACUGUUGGACAUAUCCUAUCUCUGAGACAUUCUGUCAAAUCUUUUUCUGAUUCUUCACUUUGUCUGCCCCUCAGACUACUUCACUUUUAAAUAUGGCUCCUUCCUUCUAUAAAAAAUUUUACUUUAAAGUUGUAUAAUAAAGGUGUGUCUUCAUUCCAGCCAGAGGGAUUAAGGGUGUGUCUGUAUUCCAGCCAGAUCACACAGACCUGGAAAGUCUUUGGAUGUGAGUUCCCUUUGCCAGAGCAGCCAUGUUGCUGAAUUAAAACUUCUCUACAGCUUAGUCAAAAAAAAAAAAAAAAAAAAAAAAAACAGCCCUUGAGUAUUUCAAAUCAAAAUGUCAAGAUUACUAUUAGUCAGCUUACUUUAAGUGUUUUAAGUUAAAAGAAACCUAGAGUAUCAGAUUUCUUAAUGUGUCAGAUUCCUCUUAAAUCUUUCAAAGAUUAUAAACAUGUUUUACUCUUGGUGCAGGGAAGAGACAGCCAUUUUGUUUAUGUACCUUGAAUGCUUACGGUCCUAUCAGGACUCUGCACCCAGAGACUGUCGAUGGCUCCGUACACUUUCUAACCGCCAAAGCCAUCCCAGCUCUUCCUCAUAGUCUUCAACUACCAGUUACCAGGAGAUGAAUGCAAGCAUUUGAAAAGCGCUGGGGGAUUAUGGGGGAUUACGAUCUCCCUUCCCCUAACCAUGUGCUUACUAGGCUAGACUGACCACUUGUCUUUCCCCCUGAAUCUCUGUCUAAGAUUAGGGGCACUCUUUAGUAUUCCAGAUAAGAAAAGAAAUCUGCAACAUGUUUGUCAUUUCCUGUGGUUGUCUGGGCUGAGGACAUGAAAUUCUAUCCAACAGCUUGAGAGCAAUAUUAAAAAAUGAUGUAGUAUCAAAGUCAAUGAUAAAUAUGUUUACUGUAAGAAUUCAGAUGUGGCGAGUAGAUGGAGCGGUGUGAUUAGCAUUCAGUGGACUACCUCAGCUUGCCUUUUCAAGCUAACCAGGCCUGGAGCAUCCACAGUGUGCCAAGCAUGUGUGUGCUUCACCCAUUCUCAGGAGGAAUUUCACACCUUUGAAAGUAUUUCUGAUAUACAGAAUUUGAAAAACAAAUUCCACAGAGGAGAAUAUAAAAGUCACUUAGCAACCAACACCAUCACAAACAGCACGGGGCCAGUGAACAUACAGCUUUAUUUCUUGUUAUUUGCUAUAAUAUUAUUUUCUUGCCUAGUUUGUUUCAACCAGACACUAGUGAUGUGUACCUAAUUGUCUUUCAGUAACAACAUUCAGUUAAUAUAAACAAUGAUUUAUGCUUGAUGUCAUCCUGAAUUUAUAAUAAUUUGGAAACUAGAGAAAAUGACUUUUAAGGAAUCAAUGUAAGGAGCUUACUUAAACAUAGAAUUUAAGAGAAAAAAGAUCUCCACUACUCACAGUAAAUCCAUAAGUGAUUGUAAAAUUUGGGGUGUUGCAGAAUGUAAACCAGGCACAUUUUAUUUUCAUAAAAUGGAGAAGCAGCUUUGGGGAGGUGCUUUCUUCUGUGUGGGUUACAGAGAGCAACAUCCAAGGUGAGAUCUUGGACUUUGAUGUACAGGGUUGCUGUGCAAAGCGUACACCUAGUCCAUGAGUCUGCUUCUGUAACUGAAAAGACAUAUAGAUGAAAGAAUUAUAAAUACCUUUUAUUUACAAAAGCUAUAAAUUCAAAAGUUAAAGUUUAUUAUUUUACAUAUUUCUCAAUUUGUACUUUGUUUAUUUGUUUUUGAAAAAUAAGAUUUCUAAAACAGCUGUGUACAGCUUCACUCUGGACUGGACAUACUGGUGUCUCAUACAGGGUAGAUUCAGAACGAGGAAAUAUUGAGUAGAAUGAUUUGGGUAAACACUUUACACUAUAAAAGAAACAAAGAGUCAACCCCUUUGAUGUGGUAAGUGUCUCAGUCUGUGGGCAUAUGCCUCCAGAGAACGCUUAGUUUUCAGAAGCUGACUGUGUGAGGGUCUCUCAGCACUGCUUGGUUUCUGAAGCUAACAUUUCAUUUUGGAGCCAUUUCCACACCUCAUCUCUGUUCCUCACUCUCCUGGACUGGCUUCCAUUAUUAUCUCCAUUCAUAUUUUCUCCCAUCCUUGAUACAUUGCACACAACUUAAGAAACUACAAUUAUCCCAAGAGGGUUGUUUUUCAAGUCUGUGCAGUGACUGGAUUUGCUGUAUACCCACAGAGUGUAAGCUCAGGCAUCUCAGAGGGACUGUCUCCAUAGCAAACAUUCUCAUCCUCCCAGCUGAGAUUGAUGGGCUUUAGAUCGCUCUUCCCCUUGGCAGUGCCUAGAGUCUCCCAGCCAGUGAGUGCUUUACUUGUGUGCAGGGGACUCUUCAGUGGUUUGCUUCUCUGAGAUCUCUGCCUGCACCUCCUUUGUUCUCUGGCAACAGGUUUGUGCCCCAAAGUUAAUGUUUGCCAGAUGCUGGGUCUGCGAACAUCAAAUAUUGUCUGUACCAACAAGGGCCGUGUUGAAGUUAUGAACUUGACAAAUGCUGGUUGAGAGUUUAUGAUGUGGUCACAUUUUGUUAGUUCCUUCCACAUUGGGAAUAGUGGUGACUGGAGACUGACCACAGACCCUGGUGGGAAUGCUAGUCUGUCCAUUUCUAUACUACUCGGAGAUUAUAAAAAAAUGAAAAAUGCUUUUGAGGGAUCAGAAAGUUUGGUCUGCAAUUUUCAUAUAUAAUUGGACUUUGUAUACAAUAUAAUUCAAUACACAUUAUGAAUUAUCCAUCCACUAAUUUGUAGGCAUAUUUUAUUCAGAAAUGCUAACAACAUAUUUUAUUUAAUUAUCAAGAAAAGGUACAUUAUAUACAUUCACAUUAAGAACACUCUUAUAUAAAGACUAUAUUUCAUUCACUGUCACAUAAAUGUUUACAGAAAAUUCCAAAGUACUUUACCUCUAGCAUUGAUAUCUAUGUUAUGUAGUCUUCAAUAUCCUAUCAGACAGUUGAAAAGUACUGAUUUAAUCAAUCUGUAAAAAAAUAUUUCCUAACCUUUCAACCUCUUUUUCCUUCCUUCCUUCCUUCCUCCCUCCCUCCCUUCCUCCCUCCCUCCCUCCCUCCUUUCUUUUCUUUUCUUUUCUUUUCUUUUCUUUUCUUUUCUUUUCUUUUUUCUUUUCUUUCUUUCUUUCUUCCCCCCCUCUUUUCUUUCUUUUUGCUUCUUUCUGUCUUUCUUUUUUAUUUUUAUUAUUGUCUUUGGCUUACUUCUGUUCAUAUUCUGAAGCACAGUGUUUGCAGAUAGUUAUUUAUAUGUAUGAAUUCACUGGCUCAUUCUAGUGCGAAAUAGGUCAUUCUGGAACAGUGAGAAAUGUGAUUGCUGAAUUUCAAGCAGUUUUUGCUGCUCAGCUGGAUCUGAAGCAAAAGAAAGGGGGUCAGGGCAGCACUUGUUGAAGAUUUCUUGUUGCCAUUGUCCAGGAGCACUGCUGAAUGUGGUGUCUUCUCUGUGCUUAGGAAGAAGGGAGAGGGUUCGGCUCUGAGGUUCCCAGCGGCUGGCACAUUUUGCUAACUACUUACUGAUAAAAGGAAACAUAAAAGAUCACCUUAAUUAACAGGAUGAAGGAUUUUUUUCCUUAAAUGAUUAAGUAUAGUCAGCACAAACAUGCUACUUUUAAUGGACUAAAAUACUGUGGAAGGAUAGAAACCCAAUACAGAAUUAAUGAGUGACUAUUCUCAUCAAAAAUGACAAAACCUUUAAUAAAACAAUGAAAAUACCUUGGAAAAAAUAUAUUAUUAAUAUUUUGAAAAAUGAAAUUAGUUAACCCAGUGCCUUCUUACCCUGUGUGGAAAUGAACUUGCUAAACCGGAGUUAUGUUUAAGCAGUUAUCUAUUUGCAAACUUAGUUAAGGAUCCAUCAAUUAAAAUCUAAUUUGCAUUAUCAAGGGGUUAUAAAUCCAUACAUUACUUCAUAGGGUUUUUUUUUUGUGUGUGUUAAUAACAGCUCUAAUAAACUAUAAUCUUUUUCAUUAGUAUCUAUUUUAGAAAUUUCUGAUGUUCUCUAUUUGGAAAUACUCUUAUUCUAUUUUUAAUUAUUAAUAUACAUGGUUUCUGUAUUUAAAAACAAGUAUGUAUUAUUGAAGAAUUUAUUUCAAUUUAAGCUCAAAGAAAGGACCACAUAAGAGAUUAAUUCAAAGUAUGCUUCAGGUUCUGGCUGGGUGUUCUUGAAUCAAGUGGUUUUUCUCGUAUGAAUUUUAAAGCAAGUGAGUGAAUGAGCUGACAGAGCAGCAGGAGCCCUGCUUGGCUGCUCAGGGAGGCGGCCUCACCAUCAGAGCAGGUGGAAACAGUCACACCUUCCUGCCUGGGCCCUAAGAUGCUUUACCACUUUGCUGACCUGUAAGUCAGAGGAAAAUAAAGCCAUUAAAUCUACUACAUGAAAGCCCGUUAGACGAAAAUCUUUGCUAUGAAGCAGAAAUCCUUUUUUCUACGUUUUCAACAGGGUCGGUGUGUUGUUACCCCCACUCUCACCACCAUAACCCAUAUGGGCUUAAUGAACUGAGUAUCAUGAAAGUGAUUGUUAUAAAUGUAGUAGCAAUGUUAAAGGUAUGGCAAAAUCAUGCAUUUCAAUCCUACAUUAUUGUUUUCCUAUAUUUGUUUUAUUAAAUGUAUACAGAAGUAUAGUUGAGUAGUACUGCAUGCCUUAGAAGCUUGGGAGUAAAAUACAUAGUUCUCUACUUUGUACGUGCAAUAAUUUUUUUCUUGAUUAUAGGUGAGGAUCUUGUGACAAAAGAUAGGUUUACAAGAGAAAAGUACUUUCAGUUUUGUUCAGUACAGCAGCCUUCAAAAUGAAGCCCUAAUGAAAAUAGGAAGCCAGUGUGUCUUUUUUGUGCUAGGUUUGAUGAAGAAGAGGAUUGUCAUGGAGUUGUGUGCAAAGGAGGUAUGACCAUUGGUUAUCAACUUGGGGGGACUUUUCAAGGCCUGUUUGUUCAGAAACUUUUUUGGUGUCUCUGUGUCUUCAGAGAUUAGAAUUCCCACUUUAUCUGGAGAUGGGAGUGUUCUUCUCACUCCAGCUCAGGGGAAGCUCAGAACACUUCUUUCCAAGCUUUGUGAUAAGCUUCCAAGCAGAUUUGGGUAAGGAAACCCAGAGAUGACAUCUAUUCUUGGUGAUUGCUCAGAUACUAAGGCACCAUAUUUGAGGAAAUGCAUUCUAACAACCAUGAGUUCCCUGCAGUGUUCUUUACCCAUCAGUCCCUGCAGUGUUCUUUUCCCAUCAGUCCCUGCAGUGUUCUUUUCCCAUCAGUCCCUGCAGUGUUCUUUUCCCAUCAGUCCCUGCAGUGUUCUUUUCCCAUCAGUCCCUGCAGUGUUCUUUUCCCAUCAGUCCCUGCAGUGUUCUUUUCCCAUCAGUCCCUGCAGUGUUCUUUUCCCAUCAGUCCCUGCAGUGUUCUUUUCCCAUCAGUCCCUGCAGUGUUCUUUUCCAAUCAGUCCCUGCCGUGUUCUUUUCCCAUCAGUCUCUGCAGUGUUCUUUUUCCAUCAGUCCCUGCAGUGUUCUUUUCCAAUCAGUCCCUGCAGUGUUCUUUUCCAAUCAGUCCCUGCAGUGUUCUUUUCCCAUCAGUCUCUGCAGUGUUCUUUUCCCAUCAGUCUCUGCAGUGUUCUUUCUCCAUCAGUCCCUGCAGUGUUCUUUUCCCAUCAGUCCCUGCAGUGUUCUUUUCCCAUCAGUCCCUGCAGUGUUCUUUUUCCAUCAGUCCCUGCAGUGUUCUUUUCCCAUCAGUCCCUGCAGUGUUCUUUUCCAAUCAGUCCCUGCAGUGUUCUUUCUCCAUCAGUCCCUGCAGUGUUCUUUUCCAAUCAGUCCCUGCCGUGUUCUUUUCCCAUCAGUCCCUGCAGUGUUCUUUCUCCAUCAGUCCCUGCAGUGUUCUUUUCCCAUCAGUCUCUGCAGUGUUCUUUCUCCAUCAGUCCCUGCAGUGUUCUUUUCCCCUCAGUCCCUGCAGUGUUCUUUCUCCAUCAGUCCCUGCAGUGUUGUUUGCUCUCUGUUUCCAACAGUGCUAUUUACCUCUUAUGCCUCUGACUUUUGGAAGACAAGUCUUUAGGGGAAGCAGACAGGAAGAUGCUGUGUCCUAGAACAGCCUGGCUUCAAGAUACAGACUUAGGAUUCAUAGGAGACCUCCACUCGGUGCUGAAAAGACUGUUUAGGACGGUUUCAUUGCAGUAGGAGAACCAUACUGUUAUGUUAAGUGUUCACUAACCUUUACUCAUGUCUUUGACUAAACAUAAGGAUCUAGUUGUUAUCUGAAAAUGUAAUGGCUGCACUCAUUCAUGGAUCCAUCUGUCACCCUUCAGACAUUUUAGACACUCAACUCAGAGGCUAUACGCAUGAGUGAUCCAAAGAACUUAUAGUACUUGAUAGCUUUCUGAGAACUUUCAUUGAGUUCAUCUGAAUAUUUAUGCAUUUAUUCAGCAAAUACCUUGUAACCUUCCUAUCCUUAGCACUCUAGCUAGCCCAGUAGGCAAAUGGAGACUCUACGUCUGGGUCAGCAUCCAGUAGAUGCAUGUAAGUGAACAAGCAAGAACACUGGUCUCCACCAGGCAGGGGCUAUAGGGGAGAGGGUGUGCAGCUGAAGGGUGUGCAUUCUUCUGUAGGACGAUGAAGCUUCCCUUCAUGGAAGAGAUGGCACGAGGUAAAGAGUAAGCCAUGGAGAUAAACGGGACAGCAGGGGCUAACUACAUCCUUGAAACAGGAGCAUACUGGUGUGACACAGAAAAGAAUUUGCGUAGCCAGAGCAGAGCUGGUGAGCAACAGGCAAAUUCUAUUUCUGUCCUGUCCUGGCAGUCUGAUGUAUAUCCCACAAAAAUUAUUUAGGAUUAUGAUUUACAUUACUUAGGACAUGUACUCAUCGUAUAUCCUGAAAGAUAACCUGAAAGAUACACAGUGAGCAGGUAGCUUUGGGGAAAGGAUGGAAGCAGAGAAGUCAGGGAUGGGUAAAGUUGUAAGAGAGGUGGCAGUAAUGUGAAUUUUGGUGGUUGCAACAAAAGUUAUGGCAGGCGGUUGGAAUGUUUUGAGAAUGCAGCCAAUAGCAUUUACUGCAAAAUCAUUGUGGGGCUGAGAAGAGGAGUCAGAUGUCUUGGCACACACUCUGUUCCUGAGAUGAUCAACAUGGCAGCUAAGCAGUGGAGGUUUCGGGUGCUAAGUAGUCUCCCAAGCUUAUUUGUUUCAGAACCAGGUAAGAUAUAAUUUGUAAGAUUUUCCCAGGCCAUUGCUUCUUUUCUUUUUCCUUAAUUUCAAAGGAGGGAGGUGGGAGGCAAGGCACUGUUCGAUAUAGUAGAAUUCUGACCAUAAAGAUAAUUUACUAUUUUGUCACUAAAAUGACUAUAGAAAAUUUCACUGUUGCUUUGUUUUGAAGAUCUGUGGUCAGAAUUCUAUCUAGAUCUGUUCUUUUACAAAUAUUUCUUUCCCACUUGAUGGAGCCUUUACUAAGUAGGACCGGGUAGAUGAUUGGCAAUUGCAUGCCAGUGAGAGAAAGGGCCACUUAAAGAGGGACUCUUACACACCAGAGGCAGAACAGAACAGAACUGAGAAGUGAAAAUGUAAAAGAAUUCCAUUUAGUGGUGGAGUCUCUGCGGCCUAUUGUUCCCUCCAAGAGGAUGGUCUCAACCUUCCUUUCCCGGCUAGGCAGAGGGGCUUGGGGAUUUAGCUCAAUGGUAGAAAACUUUCUAAGGCCCUCAGUUCAGUUUUCAGUUAAAAGAAACAAAACAAAAAAUGGAAAGAAAAACAAACCUAAGAAACCCAAAGUUACUAGCUAGAGGGGCAGAGGAUAGUUGGAUGGUUUGAGUGCAGCCAAGGAAAGUAGCAGAUUGUCACAGCAAUCUAGUUUCUCCUCCUAUUCUGUCUGGGUGCCUGCCAAAGUGAAGGCUGACCUUAUUCAGCCCUCAGUUGGGCUCUGGUAUAUAUUUUAGUAGGGCUGUUAGCUAAGGAGUGAGGGGAAGGAACUCUGAAGCUAGAACUGGCUUUGAGCUCUGGCUGACUGCUUUCUACUUGAGGGGUCGUGAGUAGAUCUUGACCUGUAUGAACCUCAGUUUCCCACAGUGUGAAGCAACAUCAUCAGGCCUUUACUUUUUGUGAUGACUCAGCAAAUUAUAUGAAAAAAUAUAUUUUCCUUUUCACCUCUGACUUUUUUAUUCUCACCUGUGCACAUUUUUAGAGAUAGUAAUUUUGAUUUGAUAAAAUAGAGUUGAGUUCUAGGUGGCCCUUCUUCCUUUGUGACUGUUAUGAAUAUCAGUAGUUGUGUCAACAGAAAAGAAUGAAAGCUGAGCUCCUAUUUUGCCCUGUCUCGUUUGAAGGAAUUUUGCAGUUAAAUCUAGGGUGAGCAGUGAAGUGUAGAGACCAUUUCUGCAGACACUUGGGUUGAACAUGCCUCUUUAUGUUCUAGCCUUUAAAGCCGUGUCCCACAUUUCCCGUUUACACUUAGAACUCUGCAGUGUAUCCAGGGUAAGCAGUGCUUGCUCCCUGCCUUCUUUGUACUGAAAGGCAACCCUGAGAACAUAUGUGAGGUCUCAUGUCACAAUCCCAACAGGCAGACUUCCAUACUGCAGCUUUGAGCAAUUGCGAUUCAUUGAGUGAAGCCAAGCUGGCACUCCAGCCUUCUCUCCACCUGCUUCACUCUUUCUGAGCCACCACUGCCAUUGCCUGUUAUUCUCUAUCUAGCAUUGAAGGUCCAUUCCAGUCUGCUCUAUGAAAUGACUUUUCUCUCCAUUCAUGAGAAUUCUUUUUGUUUACGGUCACUUUUCAUUAUAAGUGAGAACCAACCUUCCCCCCACCCUUGCCCACCAGAACUUUGUGAAGAGAUUAGUUCUUUUGUUCCACAAAGGUCCUAUAUGUAUCUUUCUGCUUACUUGUAAGUGUGUGGUCAAAUCCAUCACACAAACAGGACCAGGCAAUGUGAGCAGUGCACAUAUUUUUCUGCAGGACUACAUGUCCUCAUAUACUGCACUCACUGAAUCCUAUCCUCACAUCUGCUAUUUGGUUCCCCUUGAACUUGUCAUGUGUGUUUGUCUUCUGAUGAAAAUAAGCUUCUUGGAAGGCAGAAACCACAUCUUAAGCUCUUGAGCUUUCCUUUGCUAUCAGAGACGCACAGAGGCUGGUUGUAUGGGGUACUCCAUAAGCAUUGCACAUUUAAUUGGACAUUUUGAGCCUGUAGCUUACUUAGAUUGAUGUUCUACAAAUGCAGAAGUCUUAGAAGAUUGAUUAAUUUCUUUAUUUUAAAUGCAGGUCAUCUUUCUAGUGAAAGUGACAUUGAGCAAGACAAUUACAUGUAAAUUAAUAUUUAGAGUGAAGGAAUGGAUCCAAUUGAUGAAGGAAGAUGAGGAAGCCUAUCACAGGCAGAGUGGCUUACACAGCUUACUUUGAAUAUCAGAGAAGGAAAAGGAAAGAGAACGUCAACACAGAAAACCGUGGAAGUGACUCGCUCAGAGACCAAGAAGGCUGAGUGGUUGGAAACUUUUUGAUGAGUAAAAUACAGAGAGUUAAUAUAAAAGUUACCUAGGACAAUUGCUCCUCCUAACUACAAUAGAAGCCACAGUGGCUUCCAAAACUCUGAAAAGAGAGAGAAACCUUGUGGGAAAUAAAAGAGAAAAUAUCUUCUUUGUCCGUAGAUAGUUGAAAUAUUUGGCUACAAGAUUAUAAAAUGCAUGAUAAAAUACACAACCUGACAUAAAAGGGAAGACAUUUUUUUCUCACCAGAUUUGUUUCCUUUUGGAUUUAAUUACUUUCUUAAGUCAUUAUCAGUAUUGUUUUAUAGCAAAGACUCAUAUUGAAGAUAUGAAGUCACAGAGUACUUACCAAAAUAAUCAUUUGAACAAGAACAGCAACAAAUAUGUUGUUUGUAGUCAGAGGCCAUGACUUGGCUUUCUGCAUUUUCAAAUGAAGGGUGAAUUUUGAAGCUCUUUGCCACUGAAAAGUGGAAAGAUCAGAGCUUCCAACUGUCAGCUGCAGGAAGCGGUGUGGAGCUGUAGAGGGUGAACUCCUAACUCCAGGUUACUGCUGCACAUCCUGGGAAGCUGCCAAGAUGGGCCUCUGCUCUGACUGCUCCAAAUUCUCCCCCAGUGAAUUCACAGCUGAUGGCUUUAAGCGGAGCACAGACAGAGUAACUGGCUCACACAAAAUAAAAACCUUUAGAGGCAGGAAAAAUGAUGUAUUCAUCCUUUUUCACAACAUGUUAUACACAUUUGCAAAGCACUCAGUAAUUCCGAAGGCAAAUAUCUCCCCCUACGAUCGGCUUCAUUGCGGUGUUUACAACAUACUUUACCGCUCCCCAUUAGCAACUGUUAUGACUUCUGUUUACUCUCUCAAGUCUGCCUUACGUUCGUCAUAACAGUAAAUAUCACUGACAGAAAAAAAGACAUGAGAAAAUUUUUUUGUCAUACGAUUUUUCUGUCUCAUAAAAGGUGUUAUUUACAUAUUUCUGCUACAUGUUCUUUAGAUGUUUAAACAUUAGUGAUAUCCAAAGAAAAUGCAUUCCUGAGGGGUGUUUGGCCUGAAGUAUAUUCUCAGGAAGGUUUUCAUCUUCUGAGUUUUAUGGUUGGCAGAGUACACCAGUGCAGACUGGGCAGUGGUGAACUUAAGUAGGCGUACUAAGGACAAGAUCCCCCCUGCCCCCCCAGUGGCUGUGGCCCAGCCUCUGUCUCCAGAUGCAUAGAGCUGAGUUGCCUAGAGAUCCACCCUUCACCAUGUACACUUCAAAUCAAAGCUCCAGUGUGAGCAUUGUUCUCUCUUUAUAGCUAUAGAAACAGUGGCUCAGAUAUAAAGAUCUUGACUUAAGUUCCAGGGAAUGUUGAAAUCAAGAUAGAUUCCAGUCUUCGUGAUUGGAAAGCGAUUUCCUUACCACAUUCUUGAUUUGUUGCCUCGAUUCUAAAAAUGGGAGAAAUAGAGCUAUUUUAGUCAAAUGAAGUUAAACUCGUAAUAAUUUAUUUUCCUAAGUUGAAACUGGAAAUAAUUUGGGGUUAACAACUUUAGUUUUCAAAAACAGUAUAUGUUACUUCUAACUUUGCGUGUUUGGGUGCUGGGAUGUCUGAUACUGUCAUACAGCUUUCCAUAUUCCAUAUCCCCAAACCUCACUCUUUAAAAAUGGAACUGCACGGCUGUAGAGAUGGCUCAGCAGUUAAGAGGACAGGCUGCUCUUCUAGAGGUCAUGAGUUCAAUUCCCAGCAACCACCUGGUGGCUCACAACCAUCUGUAAUGGGAUCUGAUGCCCUCUUCUGAUGUGUCAGGGAUAACGUUCUCAUAUACAUAAAAGUAAAUAAAUAAACCUUUAAAAACAAAACAAAACCAAAAACCAGAAAUGCUUUAAUUUGUAAUGGCCACCUCUCAGAGGAAAAAAAUUAAAAAAUAAAACAUGGUGUGUUUAACCCGCCAUCCUUCAGAUGAUAUGACAGGGUACAGUUCAGAUGGACUCAGCUCAUCUCACAGGAGCCCCAGCAACUUGUACUAUGGUCUCACCCUGGGAUAUAUGUUAGAUGUGCUUUAUUUUCUGAUGUCUGUCUUGAAAUGCAAACAAAAUGUGUGUGUGUGUGUGUGUGUGUGUGUGUGUGUGUGUAUGCAGCGGAUAUAUGGAUAUAUAGAUAUAUCUCUAUAUCUCUCUCUGUCUCUAUCUCUAUCUCUGUCUCCGUGUCUGUCCAUUCCCAUUACAUUUCUCCUGGAUUUUUGAGUGCUGUAUAUAGGGCACCACAAUUCUGUAUUGUUAGUAGCUUUGGUGAUUUUUCUUAAUUAAUGUAAAAGCCACUGGUUAGUAUAAUUGGAGAGUAGAAGUUGGUGCUUUCAAUCUAGUAUUUCCCCCAUUGUAUGUACAGUUAAGAACCACGAGAAAAGCAUGCAUGGAAAAUUAUGAACACAGUGUCUUUUCUAGAUGACUAAGCAUUUUCUCCUCUUUUGUGUUGGUUAAUGUUGAACUAGAGCAACCCGGUGCAUCAGUUCAGCUCAGAAGCCGUUUUCUAAACGAGAGGAAUUGGCUGGGGACCGUUUCGCUAAUAGUUACUGCCAGCAGCUGGAUCCUGCAUACAAAACACUUGUUCAUGUUUUCCUUGACCUGCUUUGACUGGGCCUGGUGCUAACUUAGUACUGAAUGGGUUCAGUCUGGUCUUUGGCAAGCAUCAUUUGGAGUAAUGAAUAGUAUAACAUCCAAAGGCUUAAAUGCCCUGGCACCGGCCCUGUGUCAGUAUGCUGAGCUAACCAUGGCAUUGUUCGGAAAGAAGGCCCUGGGUCUCUUUGGAAAUAGAAUCUUGGCUCGCGGACAGAGGUCUGUGUACACACAUCGGCCUUCUCUGUGCUCUAGCUAUGGCACUCAUUCACAAGGAGACUGUGGAAGCAGAGUUCUGAAGAGGUUCUUGAGUGCCUCUGUGUACACCCCAAAAAGUAGCUGAUAGAAAAACGGUAUAGACCUACAUUUUUAUUUCUGUGAAUUCACAUCAAAGGCUUCAGGAACAACCUCCCUAAACUGGAGAGCAGCGUUGACACUCACUGCUUCUGCUCCUCCAAAUCUCUCACCGAAAGCUGUUUUAAUCACAGAUUUUUGCUGUGGAACUUCGGAUGUUCCGAUUUUUUAUGUUUACUGCUCCAUCUGUAUUUGUAGUGAAAGGUCUAAAUUUGUCUCAGUUCAUCUCCACUCCGGGACUGGUGGGAUCUCAUGAGCACUUCCCCCUGAAUGCAAAGACACGAAGGAAUGUUUUCAGCGCAAAGACCGAAUGUGACAUAACCACUUGCCUUUCUUUUCUGAUUCUUAGUUUUGAAAAUGGAAUGUAAAUUUCACAGUUAGAGUCUGUCAGAAUGUACCUGAAGAAUCUGGGCACAUUACCAUCAUAGAAAGUCACGGAAACUCCUUGAUGUGGAUAUGUAAAUUACCCACAAGUGUGCAUUUAAAAUAUCUUUAUCCUGUGUUCCAAAACAAAACUGACAGGGUGCGGGUAGUUAGAUAGAACCAUGCAAAGCUUUCCUAGUUGAAAUAGUUAUGAUUUUGAUUUUUCACAAAACAAUGAUGAAAUAGAAAUAUAAUGGAGUAACUAUGGCUGUUUGUUUACACAGCAGUUUGGGGAAGGGGAAGCAGGCCAGCACAGCCAGGAGUAGUCACGCAUUGUGUCCUGGAAGUUGACUUAUCAGCUUUCCAACAAACAAACACCAGUUCUCAUAAGCUCCCCCAGUUGUUUUCCAGCAAUUGAAGUUCUGUCAUUCUAUUGUGGCAUCCGACUUAAGAGAUGAAAACUCUCCAAACCCUGUGGUUUGUCACCACACCAGCUCUUACCGUGAGUAAGAUAAAGCUGGCUUCACUGUUGACUAACUGGCCUCACUAAAGGCAGGGCUGGAUUGGAGAAAAUAGGUUCCUGCCACAUGUUCCUGAGGUUGGUUGAAAUAACACAGAGAUUACCAGAAAGUCAUUAUGACACCUGCUAGAUAACAAGUUGUUCAUUUCAUUAGCUAGUUUAUCUAUGCUAUGUGGGAUAGAGGACUAGAACUCGGGGAAACCUCGAAUUUCUUUGUGAGUUGUUUACUAAAAUAAUUUAUUUAAAUUUUACAUAGGUUGAAUUUCUGCCACAUAAUGGGCAUAAAUGUUAUUUAUUCCUUUCUUCUUAACAAUGGAGGAAAUGUUAAAUAAAUGUCAUGUGCUGUGAUAGAAAAUUUGCAUCACCCUGAAUUCUGAUCUCAGCACUUUUUUUAAAUACAGGUAGCAUCUCUUUACAGUAUAGUGUUAUUUUGAGGUCUUCAAAAGUAGGGUUGUGGUAAACACUCUGAGAACAUUAUGGAUAUAAAAACACUUGGUUCACCCAGUUUGGACAUGUGAUGGUUGUUUGUUUGUUCUAACUUUGUGAUACAGACCUGACUUUCAUAGUCAGGAGCUUGGGUACCUGCUUCAGCAUCAUGGACACUGGGAUUCCAGAUGUGAACUGUCACCUGUGACUUUACAAUUUUCAAAGGUAGCCUUGCUAGGUAGGCUAAACUGAGCUUCAACUUGUGUAAGUGCCGGGAUGACAGCAGACGUCAGCAUUCACCUUUAAGUAGUUCAAGUGUUCACGAUGAAGCAGAGCUGGGGAUAUAUUGUCAUGUUUAGCCAGAGAAGCUUACCGUUCUUGGGUUUUCUCUUGUGACAUUCGGUAGAACUAUUUUUCUAGAAGUUCUUAAAUGCUUUGGUCCAUUCUUAGAACUCCAGCCCUGAGAUAAUGUUGAGGCAGAUUUCUCGUGGUUUACCAGACAGCUUUCUGUCUUUACUUCUGUCAAUUUUGAUAUAAAGCUUCCAAAUUCUAGCUUUUAAAUCCAUGCAAAUGGUCCGCAGUAGUACCUGCAGGCAGCUUUGUGCUCUGAACCACAGGCCAAUUUUCCCCUUGAAAGAACUUGUAGAUACUGUCCUUCGGAAUGAGUUGAAGAGAUAGAGAGAGAGGAUCUUGUCCAUUAAACAAAUGGGAGAGGGGUGGGGUACAGUGGAAGUCCCCACUUCCUUUCCUUUAGACAAUGUCUACUGGUUACACCGUCACGUGCUCGUCUGGGGACCCUUUUCCUUUUUAUAGGAAGCUUCAUCGGGUAACAAUUUUCCACCCUUAUACAGUGACUAUACUCACAGGUGUUCUGACAACUCUCUAGAUACAAAAUGUGUAGAGAUACAUAACUAAUUUUACCAUCUUGAUCAGAGUAAUAGUCCUAUGAUCUUUUUUUUUUUCUAGAAUGGAUUUUCCCUUAUGAUUUACCCUUAUUUCUUGAUCAUCUUACCGGGCACAGUGCACUCAAUUUGUAUAGGACUGUGCGAGACAAAGCUCAUGUUCUGACUGCAAGGAUCAUGUUGGUACCUACCCUUUAGGAAACUUGCCAGUCAGAAAUUAGGGAGCCGGUUGUUUUAUUCCUGUGCUGCUGUCCGAGAACUCAUAAGCAAGCACAGAUUUUAAGUUUUAGAUAGAUAUUUUAUUCGAGCAUGUCAGAACAAGUGACCAGGACUUAGAGAGCAGCACGUGUGUCCCUGCAUUUAAAGGAGCAUAUCUGUCCCUGAAUUAAGGACUCUGAAUCAGCAUCCUGAAGGUGUGAUUUUUGAAGUAUUUAGUGUCUUUUAAAAAAAAAAAAAACAGACAUUUACAAUAUACUUGAAAAUAAAGAAUAAAACAGAGAUGCCCCACUGAGUUAAAUAUUUCAAAUCUUACUAUAUUUGCUUACUCUUAGGUCCACCCACUUAAUUCUUGAGGUCUGCAGAUAAUCUUUACAAAUAUAAAUGCAACAAAAUGAGUAAAUAAAAAAAAAUUUUAAAAAAUGGGCAGCGUAAGCCUGUGAAUCCACAGGUAGGGAGAGAAGUCCUUCCAAGACGCCAGAGUGAUGUACUGUUUUGUCUUGCCCACAGGCGGCCCUCAGGGAGUAUGUAGCAGGGUAAGUUGCCUUCUCAGCUGUCCACAGUGAAUCCUGCCAGGAGCUCAAAGGAAAUCAUUAGUCAUUCUUUGAUGCUCAUGCUAGUGGCUUGCUUCUCCAGAAGGUGCACUUUACUUAGCAAAGAAACCCGGGCGGGGCUGUACCACUUACCUUCUGGGAGAAAAAGACUAACACACUCAUUUCUACAAUUUCACUUUUUUUAAAAAAUAGAGUGAAAGUUUCAUUGGGAACAGCAUUAUAAGGGUUGAUUAUAAAAUCUGAAAUAAGGAAAAUUUUAAAUAUUUACGAAUUUUCUCAACAAACUGUCAAAAUUGAAUUUCAGUGUACCUUUCUUGAAGGAAUACUUAGACGUAACACAUUUAAGAAAUCUAUAUAUGAGAAAACAACGUUUUAACUGUUAAUAUAUUAUUUUUCUGACACCGUGGUUUAGAAAUGUUCCUAUCCAGUUCUGUGGCUGUCUCUCUGAAUAAGAACUUAAGGUUUCUUAUGUCUUUAUGGAUUUUGAAGAUAGAACAAAUGAUACUAAAGUCAGCAUAUGGGUUCAUAGUUCCUUCAUACUUGAUAGCAAAAUAAGAAUAGUCAAAUUCUUUAAAAGAUCAAUUCUAAUUACAAGCAGUACGUACAAUAAUAGUUACUCCCUAUUUUCAGUGUGUUCCUGUUGGAGAGUAUUCAUCCUGUGGGGAUAUAAUCGAGAAGAUAUUUUGGGGGAAUUCAUUUGAUGAGACCUGUAAAUGACUCUUGGAAGUAGAAAGAAAGGUUGUACACUCGUGUAACGUUAGGCUCACUGUUGAGUUACUGGGGUCUACUGUUCACUCCUCUCAGGACAUCCACCUUUCCUUGCCUCAGUAAGGAGUAUCAGAAAAACAAUAGACUCGUUCUUCCAGACAUAGAUUGAUCUAAAUGAAUUGGAGGAAGCUUUGUAGAGUUAGUCUUAUCUUUAACCACAACAAAUCUACUGUAAUUUUAAACCAGAAAUUAACAUUAGAUUCAAGUCAAUUUGAGUAUGUAAAACAUAUGGAACUGAAAACCACAGCAUCUGAAGCCACACUUUCCUCAGCCUAGCAGAUGGCAACAAAGAAGCAAAGCCAAUGUCACAAUAUGAACAGAAGAAGAGUUUAGUCCCGUUUUUUAAGGCAGAGGUGUGUGGUGUUUAAGUUAACAAAAGGAAAUAUGUUGUUGUAAAUUAUUUUUACUCUUGCUAAACUAAGUAUUUUAUUUUGCUAACCAUACAUUUAAACUACAUUAUACUGUACAGAAAACAUAUUAAAAAUUCAGAAGAAUUCAUAUAUAGACCACAACACAGUUGAACAGAAAUUCAUUUAAUCAAAUUGCACGUGGAGAGAAUUCAUUGACUUCUGUUAGCAAUGCAUGGUUUCCUAGGACCCGCGCUGCUAAUCCCUGUUAGAUCCGAGGGAAUGUGUACAUGUUUGUGUAUAAGGUAUGGGCAGAGCCGCGAUUCCUGAUCCUGUCCUCAAGAAGGAUAUUUCACAAAGUAUCAGAGAAUAAGUGAGGUUUACAUGAAACAAAUAGCAGUGAGGCACAUACCAACAAGAAAUGUGCAGUCAGGUCUGCAGUGCGCAUAACAAAAAACACACAGUCGGGUCUGCAGUGCACAUAACAAGAAACUCACAGUCAGGUCUGCGGUGCACAUAACAAGAAACUCACAGUCAGGUCUGCGGUGCACAUAACAAGAAACUCACAGUCAGGUCUGCAGUGCACAUAACAAGAAACUCACAGUCAGGUCUGCGGUGCACAUAACAAUGAGAAGCACAGUCAGGUCUGCAGUGCACAUAACAAGAAGCUCACAGUCAGGUCUGCAGUGCACAUAACAAGAAGCUCACAGUCAGGUCUGCAGUGCACAUAACAAGAAACUCACAGUCAGGUCUGCGGUGCACAUAACAAUGAGAAGCACAGUCAGGUCUGCAGUGCACAUAACAAGAAGCUCACAGUCAGGUCUGCAGUGCACAUAACAAGAAGCUCACAGUCAGGUCUGCAGUGCACAUAACAAGAAGCUCACAGUCAGGUCUGCAGUGGGCAGGGUGCUGGAGGAGAAGGGAUCCAGGCAGACCCCACUCCAACUGAACCACAUACAAAACAAGACCGGGAAACAGGGAAAUGAGCUUUCUGUUGCUGUGAUUUUUGUCCUUUAAGUUAAAAUGUAUGUAGCAUUUACUCAAGAGUUUAUUCAAGAAAGAUGUCAUUUAAGCAGUGGCAAACUCGCUGAAGUAUGGGAAGGACCAAUAACCGUUAAUUACUAUUGGUGGUGGUGGGAGGUUUAUGCCGUGUCCUCUAGAGAGCAGUUGCGAUGCACUGUGAGCCUCAGCUCUCACAAGUGCUUGUUGUGGUUGCUUUGCUUUUUCCUUAUAGUUUUUUCCAGGUUAUACAUUGCAGAGUUAAAAAAAAAUCCCGCUUUGCCUUAGAUGAGUAGUUGUAGAUGGUAAGACUUUUACAUUAAAGCUUAAUUGAUUUUAAUAGCUUUCUUCUUAAGUUUGUUUUAAAUGUCUCUCUACACUAAGGAAACAAACAGAAAGCAAAACUUGGGAGAUGGGAGUUAAUUCACUGGUUAUUUUAGCAUAUGGAUAAAGAGUAUAGUUUUGUAUUAUUGCUUAACAGCCUACAACAUACAGUCAGGUAUUUGAAAACUCCAGAUGUACAAAACCCCUCAUGGAAUAAAAUUGCAAGGCACGUGUCUCUGCUCUGGAGGCAGAGGAUGCUAAAGUCUCUUGCAAUAGGCAACUUUAGUCAGAGCCUCUGAUAAUUUAUUCUCUGAGGGUUAAAAAGGUCACCUGUGUAAAGUUCUCCUGAGUUCAAGCUGUAUACAAUCACAAGGACAAGCUGCACGAGGCACAGACAUGUUUUUCCAUAGAGUCAUAAAAACAGUGAAUUGUGUGCGCUACAUCUAGGAGGAACACGAAAACAGUCCAAGAACAAUUUGUUGUUUUGAGGAAAUUGUGGUCACCUCAGUCAUUCUUAAUUUUUUUGGACGGUUGGGGUGGGGUGGAGUCCUCCAUUCUUGGACCAUGUUCUGACCAACAGUCUCAGACUCCAGUUCCUAAGCAAAACUUGGUCCUGCUACCAGAAAGACCAGUGCACAGUGUACAGACUGCUUGUGAGGUGCUGCAUAUCCAUAGGGCCUACAGCAGUGUGCUGCUUUAGAGCCUCGAGUGGGGCUGUGAACGCCAGAAGCUGCUCACAAAGAUACCAGACAGGGCAGAGAAGAGACUAGAUUACAAGUCCAGAGAGAAGAGGCCAAGAAUUCUCAGUGGUAAAAAUCACAGACAGAAUGUCAAGGGCAUAGGAAUGUCUGGAAGAAGUCGACAAGAUUUAGUUGAUAGGUGUCUGCAGGUUUUUUUUGAUAUGAAUGUCUCCGCCAACUAGAGCAAGAAAUGUCCUGAUGAGAUGAAGAUAGAAAGCAUAAAUGGCUGGUUCAUCCAAGCCAUUCACACCCUCACCUAUAUUCAAGAAAACAUAUAUUUCUAGCAUCUUACUGUUAAGUGAAUUACCAUCUGUAGUAUUUUAAAAUAGGUUUACUUAAAAGAAUAUUGCAUCACAGCAAAUUUUGGUUAAAAAUCUUACCCUGAAAAAUGUGUUACCUAGAUUAUACAUGUUACAUUAUGUUAUUAUGUUACUAUGCAUAUUAUAUUGUGAUUAUUAUCUCCUUUAAUAUGAAAAGUGAAAGGAUGAAGUGCUGUCCAUUGCUAUGUUUAAAGUUAUGUUUGCUAAGAUUAAAAGAUUACUUGAUUGUGAGGGCGCUAUGGCCUCGGUGGCUACUCCACACUGCAGGCACUGUGAGGAGGAGGGGUCGAGAUGGAAGAAGUAGUUAGUUCAUGGGAAGCCGACCUGCAAUCCUACAUCUGUGUCUGGCCCCUCUCCAUCACUCUCACUGCCCCCUGGCUAUCAUGCUUUGCCACCACCAUAGCCGUUCAGCAUAUUUGUGCCUUGCCAUGAGUGGACUCAAACCUGCAACAAAGACAGAAUGGAUGUUUUUCUCCUCGGUCUGAUUAUUUUAGGCAUUUUUUUUCCAUAGGUAACUAACACCAUGGAUCCAACCAGGCAGAAGUUUGGAGCAAGUUUUGCUUGUUAGAAUAUUCUUCCUGGUGAAAUAGACUUACUCUUAGUUUCUUGUGGCUCCCUCACUGUUGCAGGCCAGCUCUCCAGUCAGGUCGUUCUGUGCAGCCAUGGUUGACCCUGAAGAAGUCAUCAGCUAAGGCUGUAUGCUGCCUCCAAGUCAGUGAGCCUGGGUCCAUGCGUGAAGGGAGAUUGGCUGUCUAUCUCCACCCCAGUGCAUUGUAAGCCUACUCUUAAUUGACUGAACUCUUUUCAUAUCUUAACUUUGAGUUGAAUUAUCUCUAUGACAAGCAACAAGAACAACUCACACUCAUUCAGUCAAGGACUUAACUGGUUCUUGUGAAUAAUCUCAGAAAUUGAGUAGGUUUCAGAUUUUCCUUCAUUCUGUAAUUCCAGCUCCACCCUCUGAGAUUUUUCAUUACUCAAUUCUCUUUGAUGAAUGGGCCUUAUUCUCUGAUGUGACCAAGUGCAAUGGUUCUCCACUGUAUAGCAUAUGAUCUGUAGCAAGAUGGAGAAUCUGUUGUUAGGCAAUUUUUGUACAGACUCAGCCUUGAUGUAGGUCAGAGUAACUAGAGAAGGCUAGGUGGCUAAACCUAGACUCCACCCUCUACUCUUGGGUCUAGGGUGAAUUCAUCUUCUGCUAGGUACCCAUGGCCUGCAAGUAGAUGCCAGGCAGGGCUUGUGAACGAGGGAGAGGAAGAUACCUAGAAAUCAUGAGACAGAGUUGGGGAUAAACAUCUCUGGCUGUCGGGCUGCUGUAUUGUAGUGACUGGCGCUUCUUGGUCUUUGGCUGUUGCAUGGAGCUAAACUUAAACUUGUUAGCUGUAAAGCUGUCUCAGAGUUGGACAUCCACCUGAGGGAGGCAGGGCACAGGACUGGUAAUCAAAACUUGAAAUUGAUGUUUGACUUUCAUCUUGUCUGUUUUGUUCUGGUUUACCUCCGGGUGAAGAUAAUAAUCAGGAAAAAUGAGGAAUCAAGGAGUUUAGAUAAUUCAAGGUGUGGGCACAGUUAAGUCCCUAAAAGCUGACUUUUGGGUCAAUUUGCAACUCUAAGGAUAAAAGAAAAAUGAACACAACUCCCUCACCUUGAGCUGCAUUGAGAUGUUUACCUGCUGUAGCGAGAUGCUGUGUUCAUUCUGGGCACCUGCUGUAUGGAAGGGAACUAGACCCUAGGAAAGUUUCAUUUGCUUAUGAGAGUUUAUUUUAUUUCAUUUUUGUAAACUGACAGCGCUUGAUUGCCAUGCCUAUACUAAAUGGUUAAGAUUGCAGAGUGACACUUAUUAAUUAUACCAGAUUUCUAGUUUUAAUUAGAGACUCUCUUCUGAGACCAAACCUUUUACCAUUAGGCUGGUUGAAACCUGUGAGAUAAAAAGGGAGAGUUCUUUCAGAAAAUUAUUUACAUGAUUUUAAUUAAUGAUUAUAAUCUCCAUGGUCAUUUUUGCAAAAGAGCAUUUAACCUGUAACCACUUUUCAUAAUUUGCAUUUUGCAAAAAUAUGUUGGCCCUGCAGGCUUACUGUCUUUCAGAGGUGUGCGUGUGUGUGUGUGUGUGUGUGUGUGUGUGUGUGUGUAACAUGACAAUUAUUUUAGGUAAGUUUUAUUUCACUCCCCUCACAGCCCCAUUUCCUACCUUAACACCUGUUUCUCAUGCAGAGCAAACCAAUUGGCAGAUAAGUAAAAUUUGCUUUCUUUUUUCUUUUUUGCCAAGACAGAACAUAGCCUUUGGCAAGGUUACCUUUGAAAACAGUUUUUUCCUGCAGAGACCCUAUACAAGCAGCAUCGCUGUUGCCAGGAUCCUCUUCCUAAUGAAGGGUCGCAGAGACGCUGUGUUCUUUCUCAUUGCUUGAGGCAUGAAGCACGGAUGUGUAGCGUUUCUUCUGAGAAAAGGCACUCCUGCUUUUCAAACAGAAGCCAGCAGUUUAACCUUCCAGGAGGAAGGUCAGUGUUAACUUUUAUUGAUAAUACAGAAGAAAGCCACUUUAUAAGAAUAUGAAAGAUGAGUUUUUUGCUAAGUAGAAAUGACUAAACACAGUGAAUCUUAACACCUUUUUAAUAAGAAUACUCCAGAACUCUUUUAUAUUUCCAAAAUUGCUUUUCACCUCCCCUCUUACUGAUUAGAUGUAUGCAUUGGUGGAGACUUGGUAAGGACUCCGUGUGUACAAUGAUGUAUUCUCAGUCAUAUAUGGCUUCAUGGUUUUUAGAGUGUAUACAUACCUCACAAACUUUUAAAAGGUAUCUAUGGAUUUUUUUUCAUAAACCCUGAGAUUGAAGUUUUGUUUUACAGGUUGGCAAAUCGUAGAGAGCAGGAGGAAGGGAGGGUGAUCUUCCUGUGUGUCUGGUGAGACAGUCACUGCCUUAACGUCUGCUCUCUGUGACGGGGGUGUGGGCAAGCCAUUAAGAAGCUUGCUUUAUUUCCUUCAUGCUAAGGGAUGCUUUCCACAGUAAAGAUUUUUCAGAUUUCAUCCCUACUUAAACAUUGAUUACUUUUCACUUUUUUCCUUAUGUCUUUACCCAUUCUGAUCAAUUUCCUAAGCUUUGAGCAACGCUUCUGUAUAAGCUUGCAUUCCUAUACAAGGGUGAAAUAACUAAUUGUUUACUCUGCUAGAGAGCCUUGCACCUCUGUGUUGCACUGUCUGAAUGGUGGGACCUUUGACAUCAGAGCAUAGUGAGAGGGUCAUAGGUCACUGAGUAUGUACAAGCCUUUUGCUUUUUCUUGAGUCCCUAGGCAGGCUGGAGUGACUCUUCAGGUUUCGUCAUAGGAUGUAAUGUCUUCCUACAUUCACUCCAUCUUUUUGGUAUUUCCUAUAUACAUACAUAUACACAUACAUACACACACACACACACACACACACACACACACACACACACACACACACACGUGUGUGUGUGUGUGUUAUAUUACAAUGGCUUACAGGCUGUGCUCCAUCUAGUUCUACAAUGGUUGUCUACCAAGGAAUGAGUAGUUCAGUCCAUGAUGCUGGAUGUCUCAGCUGGUCUUCAGUGUACCCAGAAUUCUAAGAAGUGGGCUCUGCAGGCAGUAAAGGAGUGACUUGCCAGUGAGAGCGAGACAAGGAGGUAAAGAGAGCAAGCUUCCGUUUUCCAUGUCUUUUAUCCAGGCUGCCAGCAGAAGCUGUGGCCCAGAUUACGGGUGGAUCUUCCCAGGUCUAAGAUCCGAAUUAGAAGUGGGCCUUCCCACUUCAAAUGAAUUAAUUAAGAGAAACCCCUCACAGUUGUGCCUAGCCAUUUGCCUUUUUGUGAAUUCUAGUUGCAGUCUAGUUGACAGCCCAGAGUAGCCCCCACACCUCCCAUCAAGAGGCUCUCACCCAAGCGGAGCUGGCACCGGUGCCAUGGCCAGGAACCUACACAGCAGACAGAGAUGUAACCCUGUUUCCUGUACCCAGCCUCAGCUACAUUGUUAUGGUUACAGAAAGUGAAUUAAUGCAGCCACAUUCUUCUUUUCUUAGAACACUACUUUAGAACAAAUAAGUACUUUUUCUCCAAUCCCUGAUAACUUGUCACAUAACUUGUCCUUAACUUCCUAGGAGGUGGAAUUGCUUUCCACGGUGUUUCUAGUUUUAAUUACCCCAUUUAAAUUAUCAUUUUUGAUUCAUAAUAACAUCUCUGUGGGGACUAUGCAACUAUAUGUGUUAGAUAACAAUGAAAGGUGGGAAUAUACUGCUUUCAUAGUUCCUGACACAUACACUUACUCAUUUUUAUGAAAACUAGUGAACAUUUUCUUACAUUAGCAGUGACCAUUUUAUAAAUAUUAUGUCUCCUCAAAUUUUUAUAUUAUUAGCAAAUCCAAGUCAAGGAAACUUCUAUAUACCUGGAAAAAACACAGUACCAAAGAAUUUAAAUAUAAGCUUGUUGUCAAUAAAUAAUGUUCCAGUGUUUUAACUUAAAAAGAAAUAAACCAAAUGUCUUAGUUAAGAUUUCUAAGACAGUUUGAGGAGGGAAAGGUUUGUUUGGCUUAUACUUCCAUAUCACAUUUGGUUUGUCAUCAGAGAAUGUCAGGGCCAGAACACAAGGCAGGAACACAAGUGUUGGCCUUGGGGGGAUGCUGGUUACCAAUUUUCUCAGGAUUGACUCCACCCACAUUGGGCUAGGUCCUCCCACUUUGAUCAUUAAUCAAAGAUCCCCACAAAAUUGACUACAGGCCGUCUUCUGAAAGCAUUUUUUUGGUUGUGAUUCCCUCUUUCCAGAUGCCUUUUUUUUGGGGGGGGGUAGUGGUGGUGGGGAAUCAGGUUGACCAAAAAAUCAGCUGGGAUAUCAUAUGUUAAAUGUAUGCCUAUUAUUUCCCUCAAGUUUCAGGCUCAAGUCCUGUUGUGUUCAGUAGACAUUGUUUCCUUGGUGUCAUGUCAGUCACCUCUGGCUCUUACAGUCUUUCUGUCUCUUCUAGACCUCUGAGCCAGCAGGGAGGGCUCUGUUGAAGACAUCCCAUUUAGUACUGAGUGUUGUAAAGUCCUUCCGUCCCUGCAUCAUGCCCAGCUGUGGGUCUCACUGUCACUUUCCCCCCCACUGCAAGAAGCUUCUUUGAUAUGAAUGGAGAAAUGGAUUGAACUGCAUCUCAGCUCAGUGUGACUACAGAGCGUCUCUGUAGACAGUGUGUCUGUAGACUGCACCAGACUCAGGAGUGGAGGUGGGCUAGAGAGGAAGGGCAGUUGGAAAUAUAUAGGGGGCCCUGGGUCCACACCAAGAUAUAGAGUCCCCAGAGAAUGGAGGCAGGUUGGGAAGGGGGUGGGGGGACCCUUCAGGCAGUCAGUGGUGUCAAAAGUCUAUAUGGCAAGAUAGCUCUAUUGUAUUUCUACAGGAAAAUAAGGCUUGAACUAUAGUUAGUCCUUUUUUAAAGCCUCAUUUAUUUAAUCAGCAGUUACAUUUACUUAGUUUUAGCUUUUCUCAAUUAUGUUUGCUUUAAAUCCUGUAUGUUCAUUUGCAUCAGCCAUAUCACUGUUUCUCUGAGAUCUAUUAAAUAACUCAGGUGCCUGCAGUCAGUAGGUGGUGGUGUUCAAUUCUCUACAAAGUGCUGUGCAAUAUAGAAACACCAUGCUUAAUAUCUGCCUCCCUACCUUGUUUCUUAAUUGGAUCUGUGCUCUAGGGGGGCAUUAGGUUGAAGUGAACAACAGUGUGGGAACAACAUUACAUUCCUGGAACCCAGUCAAUUAAUCACACAACACAUUUCAAAGGAAUUACUGCUAAGUAAUUGUUGUAUAAAUUAGGCCCAUUGCAAUUGCUGGGUAGUAAACAAGGUACACACUUGGCUUCUGCAACCUGCAAUACUUACAGGCUCUCUCCCUCUAACCCCUGUGAGAUAAUCCUUAAAACCUCAUUGCUGGCACCCACAAAUAACUAUUCAUUUUUCAAAAUAAUCACAUUGGUUAUGUUUUUCCCUAGAGAGCCUAUAAUUACACAUUUAACUUUUUAAAGCACAGGUUAAUAAUGAUGGGAUUUUUGAGUUUGAAGGUAUUUUACUUUUCUCUAAUGACUUUGUCUGGUCCUUGUAUAAUACUGAGAUAAUAUAAAAAUGAGCAAAGAAUUCUUCCCAUUUAAUAGAAUUAAAGCUCCACCCAGUGGUUUUCAUCACACCAGAUACAUCAGUUCUGUUUUCAUUUUUAACUAGGAGCCAACAGUUAUAUCUUGAGCUGUCUGUAUUGUAGGAAUGUAUCCAACUUUCUGUAAAGGCCUCUUCUGGAAAGUGUUUUAGAAUCACUUUACUUCAUCUUCAUCUGAAUUAUUUUUCCACAUCCUGGUCAAAGCUGUUAAUCGAUGGCCUCCCCGUUCUCAUGAAAGGGAACAGCCAAGAUUUCUAGUAGGGAUUCUUAAUACAUUUUGCUAAAGUUGGAUGGUGUUAUUCCUAUAUCACCAUUGCUCAGAUACCAAUGGUGUUGACCCUCAGGUUUCUAAGAUAAGAACAACAGAACCAAAACAGAGCAAAACCAUGAUGAAGGCAACUCACUUAAGUACCGUGUUUAUUUCAUUUGUGAUCCACUGUUGCAUAGGUUCCCAUCCUGGUGGGAAACACAGAAGCAGGCAGGCACGGCGCUGCAACAGCAGCCAGGAUCACAAACACUAGGCAGAGAGAGAGACACCUGGGAAUGACAUAGGGCUUCUGGGACUUCAAAACCUUAAAGUCUGCUUUAACAACUCACCUCCUCCAACAAGGCUAAACCUUCUAAACCUUCCUAAACAGUUCCACCAGCCUGGGACCAAGUAUUCAAACUUGUGGGGACCGUUCCCAGUCAAACCACCAUAUCUCAUUAGUGAUUGCGAUACAGAUCAAUCUAGUCUAGAGGAAGACCAGAUCAUGGAGAUGUAGGGCUUCCUUCAUGGUUUCAGGCUGUAGAAAAAUAUUUUUUGUAGGACUAGAAAGACAAAGGAAGAAAAUAGGGCUUAGGAUCUUGCUUUCCACUUUUUGGAAUGAGUUUUCCUUUCCAUGGAAUACAGUAACUGGCACUAAUACAUUAGUUCAAUGGGAAUUUCUCUUGCAUUCAUCAGAUGCUGACUGGAUUAGACACAUCUCCCUGCAUUUCCACAGAAUUCAACCUGAUGGAAUUCCUAGUUGGCCAUUGCUUGAUACUCAUCUCUGUAAGGAAAAGUCCUGUCUUUACUGUUUCUUGACAGAGUCUGGAAGUUAAGUGAAUAGGGAUGUCAGUUACUUUUUCUGUUGUUAAAAACAAAACAAAAACAAAAGCAAGAAGAAAAAAAAAACCCACCAUGAACAAAGCAGCUUAUAGAAGAGUUUCUUUGGGCGUCUAGUUCCAGGUGGUUUGAGUGCAUGAUGGUGGGGCGGAGUCAGCAGCAGCAGGCAUGGCAGCCAGAGCAGAAGCUGAGACCUCACACCUUGAGCCACAACCUCAAAGCAGAGAGAGCAAGCUAGGAACAUACUCUCUCCAGCAAGACCGCACACCCUAAGCCUGCUCAAAUAGCACCACUGCCUGAGAAGCAAGUAUUCAAAUGCCCGCAAUACACAAGUCUCUGGCUCCACCCACCACCGUGGGAUACAUAUGCCAAGGAAGAGCAAGCAAACAGGCAGCACAUUGCAGAUCCCUCUGUUUCUGAAGUGAGGAUUCCUUUAUUACACUCCCGUGGGUCAUUUCUGCCGUUUGCAUCUUGAGACUGUCCUUUUCUGCCUGUUGCUUGCAUUCGAGUGUCUAACAACUGUCUCAUUUCAACAUUGUGUUGUAACAGCUUCAGAGAUUUUACACGAAGCUUCUGUGGUAAUCGUAACUCUUUAUGUUUUGCCAAAUGAUCUCUUUAAAACUUAGCUGCAUAAAACUAAAUUGGUGGAGGAAAUGACAAAGAUGUUGGCUUUUAAACACACGGAAUUCUAAGUGAAAACCAAAGCCCGUGGAAACAAAUAAGAAUAUCAAGAAAAAGCUCAGCAGCGCCCAGGAUGCAUUUGUGCACCCUUCUGGCAGCAAGACACUAACACCACACGAGGACAGCAAAAGCAGGCAUGGAGUUAAGUCUGAGGCUGCCAGAGGAAAAUGUGUCUUUCUGUAGGAGAAAUUUGGCAAAUUCCGAUUCUGCAGAAGUUGUGUAGGAUGAAAGCCCAAAGUGUGCCUUUAAUUUAAGAAAUCCUGUUAUUUAGGCAACUUGAGUGGAGUUAUACUCUAAAAGGUAGGAUGUAGAACUUACAUAUUUUAAAAUUUAGAUUAUUUUAUCUGUAGGGGUGUUUUCCCUGCGUGUACAUGUAUGUGCAUCUCAUGUGUGCCUGGUACACAAGGUGGUCAAGGUCAAAUCUCCUGGAACUGGAGUUACGUUGUCAGCCACUGUAUGAGAGUUGGGAAUGGAACCUGUAACUUCUGCAGGAACAAAAUCCCUCUGAGCCAUCUCUCCUGCUGCUGGAACUUGACUUUUAAUGUAGGGAUGAGUAAACAGAAGACAGGGAAGAAAGGGCUGCACUCUGAAUGACUUAGUUUACACUCACAAAGGCAUGGGCAAGUGUGACGGGAGUUUCUCUUAGGGUUUAGGAAGCAAGUUUUCAUUUAGUUGUUUGUUUUGGAGGUUAGUAUUUAAUUACAUUUCUCCAUCCCUUUCCUCCCCCAAACUCUCCCAUAUACCCCUCUCCACUCUCCAUCAAAUCCAUGGGCUCCUUUUCACUAAUUGCUAUUGCAUGCUUAUAGGUAUUUGUAUAAGCAUGCAUGUUCCUAGCUGUUGAGUCCAUAUGGUGGUAUGUGUUUUUAGGAGUGAUCAUUUCGCCCUGGAUAGCCAGUUGGUGUGCUCUUCCCUUGAGAGGAGCGACCACCUUUCCUGUUCCCUGCUUUACUCUGUUGCUAUGGUUCUUUCAGUAGGGCUUGGGCCUCUGUCGGGUUUGGUGUGCUCCCUGUGACACCCUCGCUUGGCUGGUAAGUUGGUGGGAAUAUGAGUAUAACUUCUGACAUCACUAGGAGAUAUGACAUCACAGCCAAGUCCCUGGUCCUCUGGCUCUUGCCUUCCUGUCUUCUGCCAUGUUCCCUGAACCCUAGGCACGUGAGCAUUUCCUGGAUAUAUCCACUGGGACUUGGCUGUCUAAGUCUCCAUUUCAGUUGUGGUUUUUCUGUACUGGUCUUGCUUUGAUGCAAAGAACAGUUUAAUAAGUAUGUUUUGAGAAUCAAAGAAAAGAGUAAAAAAAGAAGAAAGGGAGUAAAUGGGGAGAGGAGGAGGAGAAGAACAAGGGGAGGGGAGGAGGGAGAGCCGAGGACCAAGUGCUUUGGAACUAAAGUGGUAUCAGGUGGCUGAUGAACAGUGGAUGGCUAGCAGGCAUUCCAGCGACCCUCACAGGCAGAGACGGCAGUGAUGGCUUCUGUUCCGUGUCUAAUUUGGAAUAAGCUUACUGGACAUAGAACACAAAUGGAGCUUUUGGUUUUCAGUUGUUCCGUUCUGAAGUGGGUUGUUCUGCCAUUAUAGAGCAGUGUUAUACCUCAGACACCAUAAGGAUAGGUAAAAUGUGGUGAACUUGCAAUCCUCAGACCUGCACUCCUUGUUUGGAGACGUGCCUUGAAGCCUCUUGCAUGGCAGUCAAGUCACAGGCUACACUUGAGUAGUGCACUGAUUUAGCGCUCAGGUCAUGCAUGCAGUAGUGGAGCUGGGUCUCAGUGGUGGAACUGAGGAAGUCCUAACGCUUUGAGAGUUUUGGUCUAAGUGUUUGAGUUUCUAUGUAAUUGCGGCUGCAUUUUCACUACUGAGAAACCUCAGCUAUUCAGCUUAUUAAAUAAAAUGUUUCAGACAUUCUCUAUCUGCUUUUUCAGCAAAAUUAUGGAACAUCUAGGGUUUAUAUAUCUGAACUCGUUCUUUGAGGAUUGCGUUUUAUUUCCAGGAAGGUGCUUCCUUAAAGGAAAGCCACACUGCACGUGCAGGCACGGGGUGGUGAAUGCUCUGGGCCUGGAUCUCAGUGUUUGGAGGAGUUUAUGGUUUGCUCACUCUGGAACUAGUCAGACUUAAUUCUCUCAGGCUCCCCUGUGCACAUAAUAAGGACCAGAGGUAGAGGAAGCUGUCCAAAGCAAGCUCUGUGUUUUAAUUAAGUGAUGUUAACGUCAAUACAUCUCUGUUGUUAGAAGUGCUGAGAUGUUAGCAGUUGAGGACGGUGUGCCCUAAUGGGUUUACCAUAACGAGCUCUGUUUGAUUUACUCAAUAGCUAUGACAGGAACACAGGCAGCUGCUUCUCAUUCCCUGGCUCCAAAGCAGUUGUAGUGAUAUGGUACAUCCUGAUUAAGUCACCUCUGUUGACUUUUCAUUUUCUGGACUUUUCUUUCUAAAUGUGGUGAUGAAAAGGACUCUGGAUUUCUCAGCAUGAAAAAUAAAACUGUAAGUAAUAGAGACAGUCUGUUAAAUACCUUCUAAUAAUGAAUGUUUCUGAAGACUGCAGUGGUUUUCAAGAGCUUUGUACACUUCUUAGAGAUUAGCACUGUCCUCAUGAAAACUGUCAGUGCUAAUCAAGUCAACACAUUUAGGAAAUACUUAUACUUAAAUACCAUAACUUCAAAGUAUUUUAAUUUGAUAUAUAUGCCAUGUAUUCAAACAAACACCUUUAGGACAGUGUGGUGGUUUGAAUAUGAGUGAUCCCCAUAGGCUCAGAUCUUUGAUGGGUUAGGCAUCAGGGAAUGACAAUAUUUGAGAAAGAUUAGGAGGUGUGGCUUUGUUGGAGAAAGAGUGUGUGUGUGUGUGUGGGGGGGGGGGGUGUUGAGGAUUCAGAAACCUGUGCCAGGCACAGUUUCUCUUUACUUUCUUCCAGUGCGACCCCUCCCCCACACCUCCCAAUUGUGAAUCAGGAUGUGGCUGCUUCUCUAACAUCCCAUUGUGCUUCUGCCUUGAGGAUAACGAACUAAACCUCCAAAACUGUAAGCAAGCAAGUUAAAUGCUUUCAUUUGUAAGCCUUGAAUGAUCAUGGUGUCUCUUCACAGUAGAGCAGUCACUCAGACACCAAAAGGAAGGCACUAACUUAGAGGGGACAGUUUCUGUAUGAGACUGUUUCUACAGACCAAGGGAGUGUCCUCUAUCUUCAAGAUGUUUUUAGGUCCUCAGCACUGUAACCUUAUUUUCAGGCAUCUGCAUGGGGGGAGUUUUAAAAGAACAGUGAUCAACAUUAGGAGUCACCAGCUCUCAUUCUGUCUUCCCCCAGCUGUUAGGGGCAUGGCGUCUUUUGAAACGAAGGAGGCAAAGAGACAUCUGCUUUACCAGCUGGUUAGUUUAAGAGGAAGAAGAGGUCUGACUUCCUCCCUGGUCAGGCAGAUCUCUCACUUGAAUUACAGUUUCUGGCUUUCUAAUGAAAAUGAUUCCCAUUGUUACUCUUAACUGAGCUUAUGUUUCUGCUUCAUGCCUGUUGUGGCACAAAACAUGUACAUGAAAAUCUAUUAAUACAUACAAUAAAAAGUAGCCUUUAAUAAUUAUUUCCUCCCAAAAUUGAAAAGUCCCCUUUGUUUGAAAAGUCCCCUUGUUUUUGCACAUGCGCGCACACACACACACACACACACACACCACUCAUUUCUCAUUAUCUUCUUUGACUUAAAUAUAUGUACGUCACAUUCAUGUUUUCAAAAUAAAAUAUGCAUUCUUGUCUAGCCUAGAUAUAGACAUAUGCUAACUUGUUAAAUUAACUCUAGGUCUCCUAAUUAGUUUUUCUCCCUGCUUAUAGAAAUAAAAAUUUUAUUUUGAAGAACACAAAUUAAAAGAAGAAUAAUUCAUAACAUUUUAAAGUUCAUCUAGAUGACAAAAAAUGACUGGCGAUCGUUAUAGAAAUUUGUCCCCCAGUUUAUUAACAAUUGUCCUUUUGACUUUGGCUGCCUCUAAUUCUUUGUAUUCAUUCUAUGAAAGUAAAAGAUAGAUUUUAGAGUCAUUUACCUAUGGCAGUAUUUUUCCCUCUAUUUUUCUUUUACUGAAAAUCAUUUCUUUUUUCAUACAGUAUAUUCUGAUAUGGUUUCCCCUCUCACAACUUCUCCAAGUUUCUCCCUCACCUUUUUCCCAUUAGAAUUUACAUCCUUUCUGUCCCUCCUUAGGAAGCAAGCAGGAUAUAUAUAUAUGUGUGUGUGUGUGUAAAAUGAGGUUAACGAUCUAAAUAUACCAGAAUAGGACCAAACAGAGAGAGGGAGAGAACAAACCAGCCCUAGCAAAACCUUUUGAGACAGAGACCAUCAAAUGAUGUCAUUGGGUUUGCUUUACUUCAACCGUCUACUUCUGGGUAUGGGGCCUGCUUUUAAGAGUGGUUCCUGUCCCCACUGAGACUCCCAUGGAGAAAACUGAGUUUUCAUUUGUAGUGAUUAUUAGUUGGAGGUAGCUUCUGGAUUAGGCAUGGGGGCUUGUGUUCACUUCUCUCAGUGCUGGGACUUCAUCUGGCGCAGGCUUAUGAAAGAACUGUGCAUGCUGCCACAGUGUCUUUGGUUUCUAUGUGCAUCAUUGAUGGUGUGCUUAGACACCCUAUUCUCUUCAUACCUUCCAUCCUCUUAGACUCUUGGCUUCCUUUUCCACAAGGUUUCCUGAACCCAGAGAAGAGGGCUUUGGUGCCAUUUAGGACUGAGUGCUCACUCUCUGUAUACUGUCCAGUUGUGAGACUCUGUAUGUGUUUCCAUUUGCUGCAGAAGAAAAUUUCACUGAUGAUGGCUGGUCGAAAUACUGACCUAUAUGUAUGUCUAUCAACAUGAAUAGAGCAGAAUUCCAUUAGGUUUCAUUUUGUGGCUGUGUUCUGAUAGCAGAACCAAACUGUUUUGUUUUCCCUAAGUCCCUGGCCUAUCUGCUCUGAGGUUCUUGGCCAACUGAGCAUUGGCAGGGAUGAGUUCCCAUGAAGUCGGCCUUAAAUCCAACCCCAUAUUGGCUGGUUACUCACAAGUUUUAUACCACUAAUGCACUAGUAUAUCAUUGUAGAUUGAAGAAUUUGUAGCUGAGUUGGUGUUUUCUCCUUCCUUAGCAGACUGGGCACCUUCUAGUACUGUGAAUGCUAUAGUCCAUAGGGCUGAAGGCUCUACGUAGGCCACAGCUUGGCCUCUUCUAAUUCUUAUCUACAUUUCAAGCAAGCAAGCAAGCAAGCAAGCAAGCAAGCAAACAAACCAACAAACCAAAAGGCAAAUUGUCCAUGCUGUUGACACUGAACGCUAGGUAAGCUCUACUACAAAGCUCCAUCCUAGCAACCCCGAAGACAGUCAGUCACUCAGCAGAUGCAGGUCACCCAAAAUCAAAAGAGGUUAACAUCUACUAAGAUGAGUGUUUACCAAAGUUUAUCUGAGUACUAAUCGUUAGGAUACCUGUAAUUCUUAUUUCUCAUAGCCUUGCCUCUAAAGCUUAAGAAAAUAAAAAGCUAAAGAUGUGUGCAGUGGCUGUUUCUGUGUUGCAGGUGCUCAUUCGACAGGGUCUGCUGGGGAUCUCUUUUAUCUACAAAUCAGGCAUUGAGAGUUCCCAUGCUGAAAGUAUUCUCACCAUGCCCUCAGCUAUCCAUGUCCAAGAUUGGUAUUUUCCCUAAAUUUUAUUUUGACCUAAGCCAGUAUUACCAUUAUAAAUGCUAUCCUCCAGGGAUCCGCUGCUCCCACUAGCAUAAGCCUUCACUUUGGGUUAAGACUUCUCAGAAAAUGUCUGCUGCCAUUAGAACUAUAUAUAUUUUAUUGUUGUUAAAAACACUAAUUUUUUUCUCUUUCUUUCUUUCUUUUUUUUUUUUUUUUUUUUUUUUUUGCUAGCUUUAACAAAAACAUCUUUGACUGAAAGUAUUUCAAAAUAAUUGAGUUUUGGUAAUUUACUAAAAUGAAUAUGUCAAAAUAUUUAAUUGCUAUCAAACAUUCUAUGUAUCCUUUAAUUAAUGCACAUCUUAAAGUGAACACAUUAGGUCACACAGCCAAAAAAUGAACACGGUUAUGAUAUUUUAGCAUGCUGAGUAAAAUGGUGAGAAAUGACAGAUUGGUUUGUUCAGUUUGUUCUCUUGAGUUCCAUAGUCUGUCUGGGCAAUGAGGGGCUGUGAAAUGUGGGCCCACGUAGUCAAAGUGGCAUCAUAGACUAGCCACUAACCAUCAGGAAGUGUCCAAGCAUGGUAGGUAGAAGAGGAAGCUCCCACUGGAGAAGACACACUGAUACGUAGUUAGAUCUCACUGCAUAAUUGGUUAGACUAUAAAAUGUACUUCAGAACUAUACUCUUAAUGGUAAGUCCUCAGUUUACCGUUGACUUUAUUUUAAUUUCCUCACAAGUGACAGAUAUUUACCAUUGUAAAUGAAUUCUUUUUUUUUCCUGCCUGAAUGACCCGUCAUGUAAGGUGGACUUACUGUAUUUAAGAAAUAGAGAGGAGCAAACCUAAGUCUUGAGGCCUAUAACUUAUUACAUUUACCCUAUCACCUUAAGGAAUUAAGCACAAAAUUAUGAAUAGGAAAUCUAUUAAAGAUGCUGUGGUCUUUAAGGGGUUGAAAAUCUUACAACAAUGCAUGAAUAGAGCAAGAGAUGGAGGCUGAGGAUGCAACCUAGAAUAGAGCGCUUGCUGCAUACGCGGGCCGUAAGUUCAGUUUCCGGUUUUUGGGGACAGAUGUUAUAUGAACAGAGAUACGAGUGAAUUCAAUUAUCCCUUUACUUUUCUACUGACGCAUGCACAGAAAUUUUUUUUCAUUUUAUCACUACCUUAGGAGUGUUUUCAGUUUGCCCAUUUAUCCAGUAAUGUUUGAAUUCAAACUGUGUAUGAGAGCAUUAACUCAUAGGAGUAAAAUUACUUCUGAGAAAGAAGGUAAAAGAAUAUAUAUGUAUGUAUAUAUGAUAAUAAAUUAUAUAUACAUAUAAUAAUAAAUUAAUACGAGGUGAAUAUUAACUCCAUUUCGUAUGACUCAAUCCCAUAUGUUGUAUGAAUACAAAAUUAAUAUACUUAUAUAAUGAGCUUACUCUAUUUUAUAUAAUUUAUUAAUGGAGUAUAUCACAUCUCUUUUAAAAUAUUCAGUUAGUAAAAAUAAGAUAUAUUAUAGUGGUCUUUUUAAAAACACAGUGUAGAAUCAAUGUUAUAUCAUAUCAUCAUGACCUUUAUCAUGAAUAUAAGAAGAAAAUAAUUCAUUUUUGGAAAAUAAUUUUCCUUAAUAAUACAAUGUAUUUUAUUUAUACUGAUACUCAGCCUUUACAUUUUAAAUGUUUCCUGCUUAAUUUCAAGAUAUGAAUAUCUUAUUUUAUCUCAUACUUAAUUGUCAAAAUUACUUUUUAUAUCAAUCAGUAAGAUAUCUUAAAGCUAUAUCCAUUCUGUUUUGAAGAGCUAAGAAUCCAAAUAAGAAAUUUGUUAUUUCAGCUAAAUAUUUAAAAAUCAUAAGUCUUACAGAUUUGUGAAAAUAUGCAAGAUAAUCUAAAUGACAAAGUAAUAAAUGGAGGAAAUUUAUAACAAUUUGCCUCCUAAAAUGAUAUAUUAAAAAGAAGCUUGAAUAUUUGAUAGUGCUCUCAAGUUGUAGAUUCAAACUAUACAACUGAAACAUGUUUUACAGAUUUCAUUUUAUUUAGAAAAAUUUAUAUGUAGUUAAUAAAAGAUACUAUUAUCUUUAAGAAUAGUAUGUGAACUAUUUCAAGUACUUUAAUAUUAAAUUCAUGGUUAUCAUAAGUCCUAUAAUCUUAUAAUGCAGUGAGUGAAGUAUAUAUUACACACAUGUACAUAGAUAUAAACAUACAUACAUACACAUAAAUACACACAUACAUAGACACACCCACAUACAUACAUGCACACACACACAAGCACGCACAUCAAUAACUCCAUAUUUCUGUCUUCUGGACCAUGGAGGGAUGCAGCCUCACUGGAAACCCUGUUAAAAUGCAGCUCUCAGGAGACCUGUGAGACCCUGUGGGACUUCAGGAGGCAUGUCUGCUCCAUGGCUAUGGGGUCAUCCAUGUGGUCUUUGUUUCUUAGAAGGAACUCUAAGGCAGAGGGCCUGCACACGGAGUGAACAUGUGCCAAGGAGGAGGGCCUGCACACGGAGUGAACAUGUGCAAUGGCUUUACUAAAGUCCGAGUUCCAAGAGCAGUGGAAAAACAAUGCUCAUUACCUAUAUUACUAAUUGUGAAAUUAUUUCUCAGAAAGUGAAACCUAAUGGACUCGUAAAGGAAAAUUGUCCUUCUGCAGCAUUCUUCAGGGCUUAAUAAGAGGCACGGUAGUGAUUGAUCGACAUCAAUAUAGGUGUGCCCACAAUAUGCAUUAAUAGAGGGGCAGAAUAUAAAUGGAGUACAAACAGUCUAUUUUAUUUUCAAAAUACCAAGUGAGAGUUAUUUCCACAAUUAUGAAUAUUUAAACAGUAUUAUAGCCUCUCAAUAUAUAACACAUGCAAACACACCCCAUCAUUUUUAUUACCAAAGAGGAAAAAAUAAUUAAAACUAUAAAAAGCGGCUUUUAGUGUCAUUUUAAUGUGUCUGUUAUUGCCAUCUAUCUCCAAGAGAUAAUAUGAAGAAGAAAUUGAGAAAUAAUACAUCAGUACAUGAUAAAUUUUAUUUAUAGCAAGCUGACUUUUAAAAAUAAAAUCACUUUUUUUUCCAUCCAAGGAAACCAUAGAGAACAUAAGACAGCCAUAUCUAUUUUAACGCUCUGCUCACGUCUACAUCAGUGCAAACAGAAGUGUACCCCACAACAUGGACCUUCGAUUUCAGUGUAGCAUGCUUUGUGUGAUUCCUACUCACUUUCCUUUUAAAGACAUUAAGUAUCAACUUGACUGAUUUUAGUAAGUACAUAUUUGAAUGAGUUCUGUUCUCUGGCACACACUUUAUCAAUUUCACACAGGCCCGCCCUUUGGAUGCACAGACCAGGAGCAGUUCAGAGAUGCGCUGUCUUAUCUAGUUGCUGACUAAGGGUUGUGCUGCCGUUCCUUGAACACACGGCAGGGUCUACAGUGGAGGGAGUAGACAGCUCAGGUCUGUGGAAGCUCAGCUCAGCACUGGGAAGUUGCUAGCUACCUGUUAGGUUAUUCUUGGUUACUCCACAACAUUUUGUAGUAAUGGAAGUACAGGGCUAAAAUCUUCAGAACGUGACCUGGCGAAGGCAGACCUUCCGGAUGGUCACUGGCACUGUGUCCUUUCCUUCCCGGGUCCCACAGAACCUCCUCUGUGUACAUUAAGACAUGUCUACUCUCCACCAUGAGAGGCGAAAGCAGUGCUCAGAGAGAAAAAUAAAAAUAACUUUCCAUGAACAUGCACCCUUUAAAAAAUACUCUUCACAUAACUGAAAAGAGCAUGCCAGAAGAUUGUGUCUUUAUAAUAUAACGAUAAUUGAGAUGUAAAAAGAGGAAAAGCAAAACACAAAAGAAAGUGAAAUAAAAAAGAGUAUAUGUAGGUGGCAGCAAUUGCAGUAAACUUGCGGUGUCAGUUCUCUGCGUUGUUUUGUUUGUUUUGUUGUUUUGCUUUGUUUUUUCAUUUUUCUUAAUUCUGUGUUUCCUUUUAUGAGCCUGUUCUGUUUAUACGCGAGGUGAAAGGGAAACCUCGCCUGUGGGAUUUGAUAACUUUACAUCAUGCUUUUACAAUUCUUUGUGCACUUUCUCAACACUGCACAUCUAUUAUAUAUUUUAAGUGACAGGAAAAUAAUGAUUUUUUGAUGAAAUGUAAUUAAUAAGUGGCUGAGUUUCAAAAAUAUUAUCAUGAAAAUUGUUUCAGUCUUUUAAUUUCUGGACUGUUGUGAUACAUUGCAUUAGGCCAGGGACUUUAGCUCUUUAAUAGUUUUCUAUAGCAUGAAAUUCAGCUUCUCCCUGCAACUGACUGCUUUGUGAUUAUUAUUUGUGGCUCCCUUCAGGAGUCUCUGCUCACUGCCUUCUUCCCAAUACCCGGAGAAAUAAUUGACGUUAAUUGUUGUUAGAAGGCCUGUGUUCACUUUAAUUGAUACUUACUUUAUUAAACUAUGAAUAUACAUGGGUGGAUUUCUGUCUUUAUAUUGGCUAGCCGUCAUGUCCAUGGCCACAGAAGCAUGAUGUCUGUAUGCUAAUAUGCUUACUUAAUCUUUAAUACAUUAUAUUUUAAUAAUAUAGGAAUGCCAAGCUACGGAAGAGCAAAUGAAAAGGUCAUUUUUUAUUCAUGUACUACUUAAUGUACCUUCUGCUUGUAGCUCAUUAUACAUGCAGUUGAGCUCAAUUUUUUAAAAGUGGAAAGCAUACCAAAUUAAACCACCAGUUUCAUAACUGAUGUUUCGUUUGUUAAAAACACUGCCCUUUUUUUCAAUUUUCUUUAUUCUGACUGCUUGUUACUCAUUUGUGGCCCUUUCUUCUCUGUUAUAGUCAAAAUCUCCAAUCCCAUUUCCAGCAGAAGACCACCACCUCUCAUCAGUAGACAGGCAAUAAAUACACAUCACACGCACAUGCGUGCUUUUAUCUGGGGAGCUCAGAGUUCUUGAUGUGUAAGGAACAUUUCCCAUGGCUUUUAAAAAGGAAGAAUGCAGCCCAGAGAGCUUAAGUGACUGAGGGAAGCCCACACCUGCACCACCAGCAACCGAGACUUUAAUUAAAUAUGUAUCCGUGAACAUACUUAAUUUCUUGACCUGGAUUUCAAGUUAUAAACCCUACUGGAUGAGUAACAAAACUGUGGACAGCCAGAAAUUGUUCUAGACCAUUCUAACACUAGCCCAGUGAGGGAAAGAACAACAACAGAGAUCAGCUGUGGAGAAGUCUGCCGGCCUCUCAGUAUGCAAAUCAGAAAAAUAAUUCACCUGGGCAUUUAAAAUGCAUGUCUCAGAAUCAUUUUCUUAGGCGUCAUGUGACUAUAGAUGGUCAGACCAGAGAAUGAGCAUCCAAGAGGUGGGGCUGAGCCAUGGCAGCAAGAGAAGCUCUCUGUGGAAUGAGGCUUCUGCCUUGUUCUCCUUGCUAAGGGUAAGCCAUCUUAGUGUAACUAAAUUCAUUGUGGAGAAGAAAGAGAUUAAUGAAGAUAAACUUUUAAUCUAAGAAAGCACAUUUUUCUGGAAAGUUGUAUGAGUGAAUGUAGGUGUGUGGUCUGCUGCCUGCCUUUGAUGGUGUUAGUGGGAAAGUUAAAGGUGUGGGGAUGAGUUAGGUCUGUCUUAUAUCCACCCUUAAUUAGUGCAGACUCAGCUGAUAUGUGUAGAUGUCAGUAUGAAAGGGUGGGUAAGAGUGAAUCACGUCCAUGUGUCGUAUUAUAGUGAGGAGGAGGGUGGGUGAAGUUACACCCUGGGACACAGCAGUCUGCAAGAGAGCAGCAGGAGACCUGGGAGAUGGGGGUGAAGGGAGAAGAGAGUGUGGGUGGCUUCCCAUGAAUCAGGACUUGAGGAGCACAGGUUGACGAGAAGGGUUUUCGGCAGUGUAUAGCUAGACAGUUACAGACAUGAUGUCAGUACCAACAGGUGAGCGAUCACCAAAAGCACCAGCAGGAAACACUUUUCCCCUGAUGCAGAGCACUUUCCGUGGGGUCAUUAGCAGGGGCAGCGAAGGACAGAUGAAAUCAAAGGCUAGUCUGAACCUAUAAGGACUUGCACUUAAUCUUCUUUAGCAUCUUAGUAAAACUGCUGAGUCAGGACUGCAGGAAGAGUUCAUUCCAUUUUCAAUGAAAUUGCUUGAUCAGAAUUCACUAAUUCCAGUCAAUAUAUUUUUAAUUUUAUGUCUAUAAAUACCAUAUAGAAUUUAUAGAAAUGUUUAGGUAACAUGUAAAAUACACUUAGCAUUUUGCUAAAUAUGUAAAAACUGGAUUUCUUUCCAAGUCUCAAUGCACAUAUGUGUACACAAGCACAUACACACAAACACACAAACUUACUUUAAAGUCAGGCUUUAUAUAAGAUUAUGAGAAUAUUUUUGUUUGCUCCCUCAAUUUUUCCCUUGUUACAUUUAGACACAUCCCAGGUAUUUUAAGUGCCUGUCAGUACAGCUGUUUUAUGGGAAAUGUGAGAGUAUUUGCUUAGAGACAUGAACAUUUCAGGAUACCAGACACCUGUGUGGUAAUGUAUAUUCAAACUUGAAGCCUGACCAUGAUGUUUUAGGUGGUCCCUGUCUUAGGGUUUCUAUUCCUGCACAAACACCAUGACCAAGAAGCAGUUGGGGAGGAAAGGGUUUAUUCGGCUUACACUUCCAUACUGCUGUUCAUCACCAAGGAAGUCAGGACUGGAACUCACACAGGGCAGGAAGCAGGAGCUGAUGCAGAGGCCACAGAGGGAUGUUCCUUACUGGCUUGCUUCCCCUGGCUUGCUCAGCCUGCUCUCUUAUAGAACCCAGGAUACCAGCCCAGAGAUGGUUCCACCCACAAGGGGCCUUUCCCCCUUGAUCACUAAUUGAGAAAAUGCCUUACAGCUGGAUCUCAUGGAGGCACUUCCCCAACUGAAGCUCCUUUCUCUGUGAUAACCCCAGCUGUGUCAAGUUGACAGAAAACUAGCCAGUACAAUCCCCUUUAGAGAAAAACAGCAAAGGAGGCAGGCAGUAUACCAGUGUCCUGAAAUAGUGGUCUUCACUUACAGCCAUGUUCCUGUAGCCUUUCCCACAGCAGCCUAGGGUCCGGCCAGCAGAGAAUUCCACCGGGCAGGAUGGGGCAUCCCUGAGCUUCAUCCUCCGGAGACACCACAGUCAAGCACUCUUAGCUCCCUCCCUGCUUGUGCAUGCUUUACCACGGCUCCCAGUUCUGAGUCCGACGGUGUUUCUCCAGGUGAUUUGACUGAAGCUUUCUUUAUUGUGUGGGAAGGCUCUCAAGUUUUGGAAAUGAUGGUUUUGAUUGUUUUCAAUCUAUUCACAAUAUAGUCAGCUAAGCAAUCAUCAAAUAUAGUGAAUACAGUCUUUGUAACUUACUUGAGCUCCAAGAGGCAGAGUCUAUAAUAAAAUCUGUAUAUAAUAAAAUCUUUUUUUCUCAGAUAAGAGGACAAGCAUGUAGACAAAUUAUGAGAAAGGGAUACAUCUUUAGCCUUUGAAUUAUUCCUAGCUUUAAAUUGUUUCACUCAGGAAAACUCCAUACACUCUGUAAUAUGCCCAAAUCUGCUAUUCACCAGAAAAACAAUGGUAGCUAAGGCUCUUUGCAUGAUUGUGAAAGAGAUCACAGUAAAGUAAUCCAGUAAGAAUCGUAGUUCAGUCAAUCAAUACACACACACAUACACACACACACACACACACACACACACA